GGAGUCGUGCGAAAGAAAGAAAAAGAAACCAACAACUUUGGUCUCUGAGCGGCUCGAGAAGAAGCCAGAGAGAGUUUUGUGGGCUAGGCUGAGCAAGGGGAAAUUGGGGGCGCGCUCCCUCGCCCUGUUUCCCCUCUCUUAGACGUCGACACGAGGCAGACCGAGAUCUUCCCAUCUCUUUUCCCUGGGAAACCACAGCCAGGAAGAGCAAAUCGGGGGUGUAGCGGGGGUCAUCAGAACUUUUUUUUGGGAGGGGAGUAAGAGGGGGGAAAGGCAAGGAGAGCCGGAUCGCUCGCAGUCUCCUGGGUUUGUGGGUGCUGGUGAGCCGGGGUGGGUGGGGGGUCAGCAGGCGCCCUGGAGCCCCCCACCUCCGCGAUGGACGCUGUGGCAGCCUUCGGCAUGGAUAAGCAAUUUGCCCCGAACCCGGUGCGGAUUUUGGACCCUCCGGACAACCCCCAGGCUCGGAAAAACUUCAGCGUCAGCCACCUCCUGGAUUUGGAGGAAGUUGCCGCCGGCAUGAAUGGGGCAGCCAAGGAAUCCGGCGCAGAGGCGAGGGAGAGCGGCAAGGGCGGGCCGGACCCCUCUGGGGGCAGCAGCGGGAGCGAAGGAGGAGGCGCCCUUCGGGAAGGUGAGCGCUUUUUAGAUGAAGGGGGGAAGAGGAAAGAAGAGGAGAUGUCCUCAGACUUUCUUUUUGAGGGGGGUGUACUAAAGAAUCUGUGACGAUAGGAUGUCCGGACUCAUCCAACAUCUGUGAAAUGGGUAGGAAAUGCCAGCCAGGCCUGGGGGAAUCCACAAGCUUUCACACGCUGGCAGCUUUGCUCGCAGCUCCUCAUAAAGUCCACCUACUUGGGAGUCAGCCCCACUGAAUUCAAGAGGACUUGACUUAUGAGUAGACAUGAUCCAAAUGGUGCCGUUUAUGGCAGAUUUGGGGCCUGAUCAUGCCCGUUGUAAAGCAUUUCACAGUAAUCACACAGUGAUCCUCAUCAAAACACCAUCCUUUAUAUUCCCCCCCUUUCUUAUUUCAUCUAAAUUUUAUUGUUUAUAAUUUUUUGGGUUUUCCACAAAAAAUGGCAAAUCCAGAUUAAUUGGUGAAAUGAAUAACAGGUGGUGUUUUGAUGAGAACAGCAUUGUGUGGAUGCUGUGUUGAACUUGUGUGCAACAGCCAUCCCAAAUCCACUAUAAAGUAAGGUGUGCAUAGGUUCCUUCCACAUCUUCCUUAGUGGAAGCAAAAGCGCUGUUGAAAUUGGUAUCCAAUUGGGCCCUGUUCCUUCCAUUGGGCCUUGCACUUUGUAUUUUUUUCUGCAGGAUUGUGCUCCUCUCUCUCUCUCUCUCUCUCUCUCUGUCUUUCUUGCAUCUUUUCAUAAUCACACACUCUGAGUCUGGGUUUAUAGGACCAGCAUCCUUUCCUGCACAGUGCCUAGCAUGUAGUCCCUUUGCAUUAAUCUGGUUGGCCACUGUGAGAACAGGAUGCUGGACUAGAUGGCCCCUUUUGGGGGUCUCUUUUUAGGUGCUUAGGUUCUAUAUGUUAGCUCCAGGGUCAGAGGCAGCAAUGCUUCUGAAUACCAGUUGCAGGAAACUGCAGAAGGGGAGAGUUGCUGUUUCCAAGGGCAUCUGGUUGGCCACUGUGAGAACAUGAUGCUGGACUAGAUGGGACAUUGGCCUGAUCUUACAUCCCUGCUAUUUCAAUGACCAGUAGUUCCAGUGGUUAGCAAUAGAUUCCCCUCCCCCCCCAGGCCUUGGAAACUGGGGAAAGAGGUGGGGGUUUUGUUUGGCAAACAGACAUCUUAAAGCCAUGGAGAGGGGUUUUUGCAGUUCAUCUAUGCUCUGAAAUAUGUUUGUGCAUGAGCAAACGCCAUGGAGACUAUUAUAAGCAUCGUGAAAUGUGACAUCAUGACAACAGCCACACAUCCAAGAAGAUUCCUUCUUCUUCUCUUUCUCCUUCUUCUUCUCCUUCUCCUUCUCCCUUCUUUCAGGAUACAAAUUCUUCAAAAGGAGGCUUACAAGAAACAUAAAAUUUAUAUGCUGCUUUUCAGCCAAAAAGACUCCCAAGGCAAGAAUAAACAGAUGUACACAAAUACAACACAGAGCAAAUACAACAUAAUGCAGAAACAAAUGAUGUAAAUUCAACACAUUUCAACAGUAUCAGAAACCAAACGCAUCUCUGCUCCUGCCAAAAAAAAGGCAGAUGACAUUCCCUACAAAAAUGUUAAGGGUGAGAAUACUUAAGCAUAUAUAAAAUGUCAUCAGAAAGCUUCCCACAAGGCAGAUGGGAUAGAUUAGCGCAGGAGUGCUGGUGGUAAAAAGACUGCUUAGUUUUGCCAUGAAUACCAAUGGGUAGUUGAGUUGCCUGGACCAUAAUUUAUUGAUGAGUUCUCAAGAGCCUUGGGGCUGAAAUCAUCACCAACUAUAUAGGCACAACUUUGGUCCUGAAUGCAAAACUCUGCUGCUAAUGGUUCACGGGUGAGGGUCCAAGUCCUGACAACCUGAGUCCUAAAGGACUUUGUUCUAAUGCUGAUGGUUCCCAAGCCUCCCAGAAAGUGAAGCUUCCCCCUGGAGAACAUGCUCACAGUCACCUUUGCAAGUAUUCCCAGGCAUAGGAAGGAUGAGUCUGAACUGUCCUUAAUUUUAGCUGCCUAAAAUAUUAUUGUUGCCAUUCGUAAUAAAGUUAAGAAUUUUAAGGGCCUUAGCUAGAAGAGCUAGUAUGACUAGUAAUAAGAUAUUAUCAUCAUUAUUGUGAGUGCUGGAUUAGGCCAAAGGGGGCCUAGCCGAUCCAGCAUCCUGUUCUCACAGAUGCCAGUAAUGGGAAACCCACAAGCAGGAUUCUACAACAAGAGCAACUCUCCCCUCCUGCGGUUCCCAGCGACUGGAAUUCAGAAGCAUCACUGCCUCUGACCAUGGAGACAGAGCAUAGCCAUCCAUGUAAAACAUAAGCAUGCAAGCAGAGCUCUGUUGGAUCAGGCUAACGUGAGCCCAUCCAGUGUAACAUCUUGUUCUGACAGUGGACAACCAGAUGCUUUCGUUGUUGUUGUUGUUGUUGUUACUAUUAUUUAUUGAAUUUAUAUACCUUCCUAUACCCGGGGGUCUCAGGGUGGUUCACAGAAUAAGAAAUUUGCAAGCAGGACAUGAGCACAAAGCAUUUGUCUGCUACCAGGGUAAUUUCAGGGGCACCUUAGCAUGCUUGCAAACACUUGUGUGCUCCCCCACUACACCAUAAACUGCAUGUGUUGCAAGGACGCACUGGUUAGACUGGCCAUUUUUACGGCAAUCUGGUUCUGCUUCUUCCUGCAUUGGUCUUAGCGAUACUCAUGUAUGUGCAUCCACAACAUCCAGGAGGCUAAAAGUUCUCUCUUUGUUUUCCAUUUUCAAUGUCAUAUAUGGGGGGAAAAUGCAACGGGCAUCCCUUGGAAUCAAUCUGCACAGCCCAAAAAAUAUUCUGUGGAGAGCCCCAGGCCCAGAGAGAGAGGGGGGCACCAUAUGGGCCACUUGGCCCAGGCCUCUGAUUCCAAAGGGGGCCUUGGUCAGCACAUUCACAAUUGCAGGGGAUGCACUGGGGCGAACGCGGAGGCGCAAAGGCAGUGGUGGUGGUCGGAUUCCCUGGGGCCAUGGCUGGCAGCGCGAGAGAAAACCUUCUCCGGCAUCCGUCACCGAAAGAAAUUGCUGUUCAAAUGCUAAACUUGAAUUUGGAAAACGUUUUUCCAAAUCUUCUAAUUGCAUUAUGCAUUUUCUUAUCAUUACCAGCUACAGUGGUCUCCAAUGAGAGAAGUUUCAAUAUAUUAAAAUGAAUUAAGUCAUUCUUUCAAUUAACAAUGGCUUAAGAACGCCUAAAUGGUUUAGCAAUGAUAAACAUAAACCAUGAUAAGGCAAAGUUGCUUGAUUUUUGCUGUGUAAUUCAAGAAUUCGCAGAAAAUAAAUUUAUAAGACUUCAGUUAUCCCCAGGGUAAAAAAAAGGGGGGGGGGCACAUUCUCUACCUGGCCUGGGCCUCUGCCUGGCUCUGCAAGGCCCUGGAAAGCCCUAUAAAAAUGAAAAGACUAUGGACAACCCCCUUUCAUUUCAAUGGGAUUUGAACAGGAGAACAUCCCAUUAGAUUUGGGAUACAUAAGACUUAAGCACCCAGCUAUGUGCUUCAGAUCUCAAGAGGUUUUCCCUGGGAUACAUUGUGCUCUCAAGGACUUCCUGAAAGCUCUGACAGAAGUAUAAAUUUGUUGUGCAUAAUCUAGCUUAAGUAUACCCAUUUGAAUGAAUAGGAACUGUCACAACUGCUAUUAUGGGGUCAAAAUGACUCUUGUGGGUGUCCCCAUCCAUUUAAAUGACCACCCUGUGAAGUAAUGAGAAGGCUGCAGCUUUGUGUUAGCGAAUGUGCUUUGCAUGCAGAAGGUCCCAAGCUCAAUUCUCAAUGGCAUCUCCUGGUGGGGCUAUGAAAGACCCCUUGGUUAAAAAUCUUGAGAGCUGCCGCCGGUUAAUGUUGACAAUUCUGAGCUGCAUGGACUCUUGGUCUAACUUGGUAUAAUUUCUUGUGUUCUCAUUAAACCAGCCUUUAAUUCAGAACUGUGAGGACUGGAAUCUUUAUUUUUAAGGAAAGGGUCAGAACUCAGAAGCAGAGCAUCUGCUUAGCAUGCAAGAGGUUUGAGAUUCAGUUCCCAGCAUCUCCAGAUUCGGCUGGGGAAGACUCCCUGGCUGAAGCCCUGGAGAGCUGCUGCCAGUCAGUGUUGACAAUUCUGAGCUAGAUGGAACAAAGGCUCCACCCAGAAUAAGGCAGCUUCCUAUGUAGGUCACUCUUCUAACCAUUUCACAAAGGAGACAACUGAGACUGAGCUAGUGGCCCCCAUUGGCAGAGCUAUGAUCUGUAUGUCCAACUAUCACCGCAAGGACCACCUUCCUAUUACUCAUUUAUUAUAAUUUAUUACGGUUACACACAGCCCUAAAAUCCUAAAAUAGGCUGAAGGGUGUUGCGUAGAUGCUUUUUUAGACUGAUUAAUUGAUUGAUUAAUUGUAUUUAUUUUUGGUGGGUUUUAUAGUCUGUCCUUCAGUCAAAUGCCCAGCUCUGUUGCUCCUGUGCCUUUAGUUUAGGGGAUUGACUUGCAAAUGACAGCAGGUCUCCCAGUUGUGAACAACAGAUGCUGUCUUGAUGGAACUCCUUUUUCAUAGGCAAAGAAGGAAGCCAACAUGAUCUCCCUCCAUCUCAUCUUUUGGAAAUUUUUAAUUUCUAACCUAGCUUCAGUUCAAAUAGCACUGGGAUGAAAACAGAAACAACCUUCCAAGCAUGGCAACUCAUAAUGAUCAUGAGAGCGUGGUGCAUUAUCCCUUGAUGACACAUUUAGUGAUCUAGACCCGAAUCACAGCUUUUCCUACACAAGGUGGGCACCCUAUUGCAACUCAGUUUGGCUUCCCUCUUCCCAGUCUGUGAAACCAGAAUAAUAAUGUUGAUCUGCUAAAUGGUGUCAUGGUGAGGAUUGGUGAAAUUGUAGCCUAUAGACUUAAAUAUAAAGGAAAAGAACAAAUGUUAAGUGAAAUUUGCAGUGCCUGGGGGACCUCAGAAUUAGGAAAAGAAAUCCAGAAAGACUGCUUCAAAUAUUUAUUUCAUAUUUAUUUAUCAUUUAUCACAAUACAGUAAAUAAAUGGGUCCUAAUUGGUUGGGCCAACCCUGAGCCUUUAGGCAUUAAUAACUCCUUUUACCAGGCUCCCUUUUUUGCAAUGGAUGCUCUGCAUGAGAAUAAUUUCGUUUCAUUUCAGAAAAUGUAUAUACCGCUUGAUUGUAAGCAAGCAAGACAACCAACCAACCAACCAACCAACCCUCAAGCAAUUUUUUUAAAAAAAACACCCACACAAAUUAUCGGUAAGAACUGUUAAAAACAACUAUUUAAAACAUUUGCAAAUAAUUAAAAUAAAAACCUGAUUAAAAUAAUUGCCAACAAUCUGCAUAGCUGGGUAAGCUUUGCCUAAAACAAAAAUGUUUUUUAGUAAGCACCAAGAACAGAACAGUGAAGGCACCUUCCUGAUACCAACAGGCAGGGAGUUCCUGCCACACCAAAAUAUCAAUUUCAUUCAUAUGCAGAAUUGGUAUUGUGUGGCACCUGUAACAGUGGCCAUUCCACUGACUGAAGCAGUCGAGUGGGCACUUGUCAGGUAAACUGGUCCCAUGUUGCUGAGGGCUUUAUAUACUAAUAGGGACACCUUGAACUUGGUAGCAAAUUGAGAAGACCUGAGCAAAGUGUUACACUAGGGCCUCUCCAUCAGCUGAUGGUAACAUCACGUGAAUGUUUCCAUAUAGGGAACAGGCAGACGCAGAGAUAACGACAACAUUCUAUCCAAACAUAUAGGGUAUUCUCCCCAUUAACCGCCAACUGCAAACAAUUUUCUGGGGUGGGGGGCAGUUUUGAUGUUCAGAUGUACAUUCAAGAACUGUGUGAGAAGGCCUUUAGCCAGGCCAUUGUCUUAAUGGCAGGCACAUGCAACCGUGAGCGGGAUCAGGGAUAGGGUUACAGAAAUCAUAUAUUUUUGGUGCGGGGUCGUGGUGGCCACCAUUGUUCUUUCCUGCAUGCAUGGGAGCUUAACCCUUAUGUGCCCACUUAACUGCUUUGAUCAGUGGAACUGGCCCCGUAAGAACUUUAUAUUUUAGUGUAGCAGCUCCUUUACUUUGGAACUCCCUGCCCCUUGAUACUUGGCAGGUGCCUUCACCGUAGUCUUUUUGGUGCCUGCUAAAAACAUUUUUUUGCUUAGACAAGCCUACCUAGAUGUUUAUUUAGAAAGCUGGUGUGAGUAUUAAUUUGCUCUCAGUCUAUAGUUAACAUUAACAACUUAAGACUUUCAAAAGAGUUAUAAUCUUUUUCGAAAUUCUUAAAUGAUUGUUAAUUUUCCUUAUUGAUAAUUUCAUUGUUUAAUUGCUUCAUAUUAUUUUUAGUGAAAUAAAUAAAUAAAUAAAUAAAUAAAUAAAUAAAUUUACUCUAGAGCCAGAGCAGUGUUCAUGUCGUAUUAUAUACUUGCACUGUGUCCUGUUUUGCUUCAGGGGAUAAAAGACUAGCUCAACACUCCUCUCCCUUCUGUUAGUAAUGGGAGAAAAACACGUAUGGAUUCCUUUCUCAUACAGAAGAAAAGGCACCGUUCUUUUAAUGAUGGCACAGUUCUGUGUCAAUUACGUGGGAGUACGUUAGCACUGAAUUUAGGAAGCUGUACUUCUUAGCAGAAAUAAGCCUUUCACAUUUCGAAGAAUGCAGCAGAAUAAUGAUAAGGGCUCUGGCAAAGGUGGACUAGCAAAAAAGGCCAGGACAGCAUUUGAUAUAUGGGAACUUAUCUUCCAUUACUAAGUAGAAUUGUCUUACUGUUGAUUAUACAAGCAUUCUUGCUUGGUUUGGUCAGGGGGUUUUUUCAACCAGCUAAUAGGAAGAAUUCCUGUGUUGGAUAAUAAUUGGGUUGUGGUUUUUUUUGUUUUUUUUUAUAAAAAUAAGUUUGUUGCAAAAUCCAAACUAAAAUAACCAAAGUGGGUGAAUUAGUGUCUUCCUUAAUUUCUUACCUCUACUGUGUCCUGAAUCAGCUCCCCACCUUCCUGACCGUCCCACCCAAGGUAAUUUGUGAAAAGUGUGUCAGUUAACUCAGAACUGGUUUCUAAGAAAGGAGUUAGCCUGGGAAGCUUAACAGAUGCAGAUCUGAAUUCUGAUCAGAAGUUAGUUGUGUCUUUGGAAAUUUAAUGCAACCAGUGCCUCCUGUUGCCCAUUGCAUUUUAAAACUGUGUGGUGAGGACCAUUGUUUUUUCUUUCCUAAUGGAACGGUUCAGAGCCUUCCUCCCUUCUUUGAUGACUUCCAAGGCCAGCAACUGUCUUUUCAUUUGGGAAUGAGGGUCCUGGGAUUCCUAUAAUGCAAGAGGACAAGGUUCAGGAGACCAAAAUAUAUUGAUUGCAUAUGUCCCAUAAAUUGCAUGCCUACGUACUGCCAUGAGCACCAGCUGACGUACAUUAUAAGGAUGUCUUUUUUUCAUCUUCGCUUUUAAAAUCACUUGUCCUGAAUCUACGACAGUAAUGCGUAUCUGCAGUCAGUUUGCCAGAAUCUACCGCAACAUCGGUCUAAGUUUCAAAGUGACGUAGAAUGAAAAUUGGUGGCUUGGAGCACCUUUUGUUUUGGGCGAAAUUGACGACUGCAUUUAUUCUCAGAAGGAUCUGUAUUCUUCUAACAAAAGCAGCCUUGGUUGGAACAUAAUAUUUGAUUAAAAAAUAAUAAUUAAAUGAAGCACAUGAAUACAGCUCACCCGGCGUAAAGCACUAUUAUCAAGUUCUUCUGCUUUCAGUGGGAGAGUUAAGCAUUUUGCUUGCAUCAAAGUGCUUGGCUCCGGUUCAGAAGCAUCCCCAGAUUUAUUUGUGAUGAUUAAGAGCAAGUGCAUCAGAAGUCUGGAAAGAGGUCCUAAUGGAACCUGCGGAGUGUAAGAGUCAAUUUUGGUAUAAUAAAAUGUAUGAUGUGAUCGAGGAGAAAUUUCUGGACUGUUUUCAUGGUAAUUAGAUUGUGGGGUAAUUAGGCAAUGUAUUCUUCUUAUUAAAGCCCCUUUUUCUUUUUUUGUAAGAGUGCUUUAAAGAGUGGCACACGUUGUGGGUCUACCACAAUUGACUCUGAAUCCUCUUGAGUCUAAUGAAAUUCAGCUUUUGUCCUUCUGUUGUUAGACUGAAGGACGGAGGAGAAAGGGAAAGUGGUCGAUUCUAGGAAUCAGUCGCUGAAAGACUAAAAAUGCAUUCUGUAGAAAACCUUUUAAUGCGUGUAUGUCUCUCUGUGUGUCAUAGAUGUCGCAUUAUAUAUAUAUUAAAAUAAAAUAAUUAAUCUCCACUCAAAGCAAUUGUCAAAGCAGUGUUCUAAUUUUAAGAACAUUUAUUCAGAAGGGAAGUUCCACUGAUGGCAACAACAUGGUUCUGGAACACUAAUCAAGAGAGGGUCACUGUAUUAAGGACAUUAGGGCAGAAGUCAAAUCUGGAUAGGACUUUUAACGUAAACCUACCAAUUAACACUUUCUGAAAUGGUACGCCAGAAAGCUACCUUGCAAAAUCCACACUUCUCCAAAUUUCCAACCAAAUAAGGUGUACCCCCCACAAAUUGUAUAUAUUAAGGAAAGUGUGUGUAAAAAUGCAUAUAUUAGUUUUUUAAAAAUGCAAGAUGCAUUUUGUUGUGGGAAAUUGGUUUGCAAAAUUGUGAACAUUGGGCAAAAGUGCAUACAAAGUUGUGUGCGUCAGGAGAAAGCUAAGCAAAAUGUUGAUGAAUUCUCAUGAGGAUUUUUUUUUAAUUAUAAACUGAUGUGGGCAACGUGAAAAACUGAACUGAAGGCUGAGGAAAAUGAAAAAUGGGAAUAAACCAACACUCUCAGAUUUCCCAUAAGCUUCCAAUUCAUUUUAUUAGAUGGCAACACAGUGAGGGUGAAUAUCUGGAAUAUAUUGGUCAUAAUCCUACACAUUUGCCACAAUGAACCCUAGGGUUGCAUUAGUCAUAUCAGGGUAAACCUGUUGAAGUAAGUACACAUGAGACUAACUAUGGCUUCAGUGGGUCUCCUCUAAGUAGGACAUGGUUAGAGCCAGCUGACAGAAAUCAAUAGGAUGAUGCUUCCUAUGGCAAAACUGUAUUCUGUUGCUUGAAGAAGGAUUUGCGAUGCAAUUCCAUGCAUGUUUACUCAGAAGGUAGACCCACGGUAUAAACUGGGAUCUACAAUCUGAUACAUGUAUUGAAUGUUUAAAUGUUUUAUUACGUUUCUGUAUAUGCUGGAAGCCGCCCAGAGUGGCUGGGGCAAAUCCUGUCAGAUGGGUUAAAAUUUAAUUAAAAUUAAUGCAAUGUUACAAACUAAUCCCAGUACAGUGGUACCUCAGGUUACAUACGCUUCAGGUUACAGACUCCGCUAACCCAGAAAUAGUACCUCGGGUUAAGAACUUUGCUUCAGGAUGAGAACAGAAAUCGUGCUCCGGCGGCGCGGCAGCAGCGGGAGGCCCCAUUAGCCAAAGAGGUGCUUCAGGUUAAGAACAGUUUCAGGUUAAGUACGGAGCUCCAGAACAAAUUAAGUACUUAACCUGAGGUACCACUGUAUAUAUCCACUGAGAAACAGGCCCCAUUAAAUUCGAUGGGACUUGCUCCCAGAUAAGUGCAUAAGGAUUACUGCCUGUAACUUUAGCUAGAUUGUCCUCUUAUUUUUGUGUGGGGUGUGUGCAAAAAGAAUUUCAGGGGACGGCAACUUAUCUACCAUGUCCCCACUGUAGCCUAGGGAGCUGAAUGUCUAGUCCAGUGGUUCCCAAACCUUUUCAGGCCACUGCUCCCUUGGUUCCAUACACCCCUCCCUCAGCUCCCAGCCCUUUAAAGAUCAUUAUUCAGAAUAGCAGUUUGCACAAGCCAAUAAGGAAGACAAACACACAAGAAAAUGCAAAACAGAAACAAUCACCCCCCCAUCUGGUUGAUUAGUUUAAUUAAUUCAACAAAAUCGAUGAACUUGAUUCAGUGAUACCAGAUGUUGCAUGCAGAAAUAUUUUUGCACAUUCUUACUAAUGAAAACUUAAGGGGAAGGAAAUUUACAGCAUAAAAUAUUUAUAUAUAACUACUUACCAAACAUGUACAAGCCUUCACCUAUCACAGAUGUUCUGCAAUCAACAGGAAAAUCAAUAUCUGUUACCAAUAGUCAGCUAUCUUGUGGCAACUCAGAAUCACAAAUACAAACAUGACCAAAGGAAAUCACUUUGAAAGCAGUUAAGAGCAGUAAAGCUUUAAACAUGAAGUGAAGACCGUGUUUUGUUCAAGGCUCCAGCCUGGUUAAUCAUAAAUACAGUACAUAUUCAACAAACUUGGAGGGACCCACCUCCAGUGCCCCCUGCCACCCUCUUGCCUCUUAGUGGCCCCAGAUAAUCCCCACAGGGGGGCAGAACCACCCACUUUAAAAACCACUGGUCUAGAUUUUGCAUCCAUGUUUACUCACCAAGAUUGCAGUGCAGUCAAGAAACAGCUGAUGAAUCAUUUAGCUUCAUUGAUGUUCAUGUUAACUGAUGAAAAAAAGUCCGCUGGAUGAAUCAGUAAAAAAAUUCAUAUGCUUACUUUUGAAUCAUUUUUAAUGUAAAUACUUUUUUUUUUUAAAAGCAACAGCUCAUAGAUGGGAAAUGGCAUCUCAAAGAGUGUAUGGAAUGUGUGUUGGGGGGGAUGGUUGGAAAAAAAGUUUGGGAACCACUGAUUUAAUUGAAUGGCAAUAUGAUAAUCAUUUUUGUGUUUCUGUAUGCAUAAACAGGAGGUGCCCGUGCCAAUUUGCUCCGAAUUACUGCAUCUUUCCAUUUGUCAAACCUGCUUUCCUCUGCACCAUCACACUGACAUCCCCCCCCCCCAGCAUUUUUGCAGAACCACAUACGGUGGCUGCCUCAAUUUAAAUCUAAGCAGAUUUCAGACAGUUGGGUUUCAGACACGGCUCCAUUAGAAAUCAGAAGGUGGAGACUCCCCCUCCCCACAAUCUUUUAAUAGAUCUUGCAAUUCCAGUGAAAAAUGGCCCAGGAAAAUAAAACCCCGGUGCUUAAUUCUUAUAGGAAGAACGCUUUGGAUUUGUAAUCCCAGAAUGAGUUGUUGAAGUUUUUUUUUAAAAAAAAGCCCCAAAAGCAAACAAAACAUUAUUAUUUAUAAAAUGCUAUUUUCCAUUGUCACUUUGCUGGAAAAACCACAAUAACAUUCCAGACCAGGAGUAGCCAACUUCAAAGGAUGUGGUAUGGAGGCACAGAAGUGGUUUCAAUACCAUAACACACAGCUUGGAUUUUUGUGUGUGCGUGUGUGGUGAGAGAGAGAGAGAGAGAGAGAGAGAGAGAGAGGAGGAGGGAAUGUCUGUAUGUAAUUAUGCUCUUUCAAGGCAUCCUUAUACUUGCAUUAAGAGAUGCCCACUGGAUCAGUUGCACAAAUGCUUCUCUCGCCAGAAGAUAGAGCUGAUGCUCAUUCCUGGAGCUUGCUUAUGGUGGCGAUAGUGGUGGUGAGGGAAGGGAGCACUCAUUCAACUUGCGGGUUUUUUGCUCAUGAAAUCAAUGACCACUUUUCAUCUCUGUUGGGAGCGAAGGAAGCUGGAACUCGUAAAGAAAUUGAAAAGGAGCCCUUCUGGAAAAGAGAGGGAACAGAGAUCUUGUAAACACCCAGAAAAGUGGACUUUUACAGGGUCUUUAUGUUCGCGGAGCAGGGAAUGGAAAGGUUCUUUCCACUUCCCUCCCAGUUUGAUCAAGGCACCUUGGAAGAUGUCUCUAGAGGAGGAUAUCCAAGUCUCCUGCAAUAGGAUCUUCUUCUAUGCUCCGUUCUUUCCACAAGGCAGGCCUCAGCAGGAAAUUAAAGUCUCAACUCUGUCUUCAGAAGAGGGGGGCAGGUGGAGAAUCGCAUUUGCAAAUCGACACAAGCGUCUCUCUGCUUCUUCUUGGUUUGUUUGGCUAGAGUUUCCCCUUGAGAUGUUUAAAUUACUGAUGAUUAUUCCUGAUUCAUUUCCCUAUUGAGUUCUAGGAAGGGUCUUCAAAGAAGAUCCAAAGGAUCUGGAAUGCUACUGAAGUAGGUUUACAAGGAAGUUGGAAUGGGGGAGAAACUGGAUUCAGUUUGUGUUUAAUGGCAAAUCUACUUUUAACCCACAUACAUGCAAACCAAAACACCACCAUCUUUUGAAAUUUGUACUUCUCCCAAUUUUGCAGUGCAGUUCCCCAGCCAAGCAAUGUGCCCAAAAAUGCAUUCACUGGUGUCUACAUUGGCAUGUAUUCAUUUGAAUCCCCUCUUGGCAGUGAAGCUCCCUGGGUGACCUUAAUUAAUCACAGCCUAUUGUGGGGAUUACAUGUGCACUUGGACCUGAGAGACCAGGCUUAAGAUCUCUCCACUCAGCCAUGAUGCUUACUGGAUUGUGUUGGGCUAGUCACUGACCUAAGAACGAUGGACGGCAGAGUAAUUUUAGGUGUUGAAUCGCUUUGAUUAGUUAAGUCAUUUAUUUAUCUCUUUAAGACUUUUAUAUACCACUAAAUUAGGCUCUGUCAUUGUGUUUGGGAUGGGAGCAUCAAAAUACUGGUGUUGAAAAGUGAAGGGGUUAGGUUUAGGAUUAGGAUUAAGGUUGCUUGGGGAUUUCCUAUUAAUGCAUCUGAUUGGCUGCUGUGAGAAUAGGAUGCUGGAUUUAGCUCACUUGACAGAGCAUGAUACAGUGGUGCCUCGCAAGAUGAAAUUAAUCCGUUCCGCGAGUCUCUUCGUCUUGCGGUUUUUUCGUCUUGCGAAGUACGGCUAUUAGCGGCUUAGCGGCUAUUAGCGGCUUAGCAGCUUAGCGGCUAUUAACGGCUUAGUGGCUUAGCGGCUAUUAACGGCUUAGCGGCUUAGCAGCUUUAAGAAAAAGGAAACAAACUCGCAAGAACUCGCAAGACGUUUCAUCUUGCGAAGCAAGCCCAUAGGGAAAUUCGUCUUGCGGAACGACUCAAAAAACGGAAAACUCUUUCGUCUAGCGAGUUUUUCGUCUUGCGAGGCAUUCGUCUUGCGGGGCACCACUGUACUGUUAGUCUCAGGGUUGUGGGUCCAAGCCUCCCAUUGGGCAAAAGAUUCCUGCAUGGCAGAGGGUUGGACUAGAUGACACUUGGUGUCCCCUCCAACUCUACAAUUAUGUGAUUCUGUGACUAGAUGGACCAUUGACUAGAUGGACCCAGCAGGGCUCUUCUGAUGUUCUAAGAGGUAGCAACUUUACCAAAAGGUUAUUUGUGGGCGGGUGGCAGUUAAAUGUGGGGUUUCCUUCAUAUUUCUGGAGCUGGUUUUUAUGUGUACUAUUUAUUUUUAUUCCCGAGAGAAUGCUCUGUUUAGCCAUUAAUUGUGUUUUCUAGAUUGUGAAAAUUUCCACGGUUGGGUUUUUGGUUUUUUUUGACUUAUCUUUUAUUUAAGGUGUUUUGAUCUGUGUUGCAAACAAGAAGCGGUCCAAACAAAAUUCUGGUGCUUGGCUUACAAGGAGGUCAAAGGGAGGCACAUCCAGUGCCAGAUUUACGUAAAAGCUAAACAUGCUGUAGCUUAGCGCACCACUCUCUUGGGGGCCCCCCAAAAAAAUUAAAGAAAAAAACCCUGGAUGUACAUUUCCAAAAUAUAAGAUAACUGCAACAAUUACUUUGACAAAAUACAUAUUUUGUUAUGUGCAAAUGGCUUUAGAUACCUAUUAGGUUCCUAAAUUACCAUAUAGCACAUAUUCAACACAAAAAACAACUGGACAUAUAAAGGGCCCCAUUACCUUCAGUAGCUUAGAGUCUCAUCAAACCUAAAUCUGGCCCUGGGCACAUCCUUUGGUUUCAUCCUUUGACUUCUUCCUUGGUUGUGGGCAGGGGGACAUGAUUUGACUAAAACUGAAGGGGCUCCCAUUGACCGGGGCUUGUGGGUUGCAUUAAACCUCCAUAUUGUUUCACCUCAACACUAGAGACCUGGUAAAUGAUAAUCCCUGUUUUUCCAGGUGUGAUAUUCCAGGCUCUGGUGGGGAUGGUGGACAGGGCCAUGAGGUCCUCAGGCCAUUAUGUAACACAUGGUGGGUGUUUAUCCUUCCACUCUCGAAAUUUAAGUCUCCACAGCUCACAAAGACCAUACCAGCUGUCUCUCAGUGCACACCCAGGUCACUGAGCCUGAGCUUCUACACUCACUGCCUGCCAUGAACCACCAGCUGGAGGAGGCGGUGAGGACAGAGGGUGAAGAAAGAGCUGUGAGUAGAGGGGGGGCCUUCCCCCAUCUCCUGGACCCCCUGAGAAACUCAGCAAACCUGCUGUACCUGGAAUUGACUGUGGAGAGUGCAGCUGAAUGGGACACAGCUAUGGGCAUCCUGAGGAAGCACCGUCUACCCAGGGCUGCCCCCAAAAGCAAAUUUAGAGUGAGAGUCCCCAAACUUGGCCCGUCAGAUGUUUUGGGACUACAACUCCCAUCAUCCCUAGCUAACAGGACCAGUGGUCAGGGAUGAUGGGAAUUGUAGUCCCAAAACAUCUGGAGGGCUGAGUUUGGGGGUGCCUGGUCUAGGGUGAUGUCCGCUGUUUCCAGGAACUCUUCUCAUUGUGAGAUGUUUGUAGGUGAUCUGAGAGUUUGUUUGGACUCUGGGUGAGAACCUGGAGCCUGAGAGGGAGGGUGUGUCAGAAGAAAAACAAAUUGAUAUUGAUUUAUAUAUACAGUGGUACCUCUGGUUACAGACGCUUCAGGUUACAGACUCCGCUAACCCAGAAAUAGUACCUCGGGUUAUGAACUUUGCUUCAGGAUGAGAACAGAAAUCGUGCAGCAGCGGCGUGGCAGCAGUGGGAGGCCCCAUUAGCUAAAGUGGUGCUUCAGGUUAAGAACAGUUUCAGGUUAAGAACAGAUCUCCAGAACGAAUUAGGUUCUUAACCUGAAGUACCACUGCAUUAGUAACUUUGUAUUAAUGUAACAUUUUCAUAUGACAGUGCGUAAUUUUGUAAUACUUUGUUUAAGUUGUUUGUUGUUGCUUCAGUUUUCUGUGAACUCCUUAGAUAUAUAUUUAAUAUAUUAAGCUGUAUAGAAAUUAAAUAAUCAAUCAAUCCUGUUAUCUUGCCAUUGAUCUCCAUACUACAGGGAUGUAGUUUAAAAGUACAUGAACACCUGCCAAAAUCAAGUAUUUCACCAAUACAAUGAAAGAGGUACUGCUCUAAUAUUUGUUUUCCUCUUUCCUCCCCAUUCGUAUUUCCUUUUGUGUUGUGCCUGUUAGAAUUUUAGCCUGAAGGCAGGAACGGUUUCAUCUUUCAACAUACAGGACAGUAUUUAGAAAAUGCUAGAGCUUUACAAAGUGUUGAAUGAUGCUAAUGACUUCCUUUGCUCCUCAGUUUGCAUUGCAAGCAGCUUGGGCUUUAUCCAUUUAUUAUUUCCCCUUUAGUAUCUAAACACAACAUGCCAGCACAGCACAUCCCUUUCGCUCCGCCCAGAGCCACCUUCUCCAGAUUGCAUAUGCUGCUAAAAACACAAUUUCAGUUGCAGCUAUUCUGCAAUAAUUGCAACCAGAUCCACUGUGAGAUGAAAACAUCCUAUUAAACAUUAGAACACCUAAUAGAAGGCUUAAUUUCCCAGUGGGCCUGGUUGUAAUUAUUAGAGAAUAGCUGCAACUUGCACACAUUUCGAAAUAAGAAAAGGAAACACCACCAAGCUUCUUCCUUCUCCUCCUUCUUCCUCCUCUUCCUCUCCUCCUCCUCCUCCUCCUCCAAACGGUAAUUGAGUAAAUUAAUUCAUUGCCCACUAGGCACAGAGUACCCUCUGAGAAGGUGUGACUCUAAAAUAAUUCAGAUACGCUUACAGCACCCCUGUUUUUAGAAGCAAGCUGUUUUCAGGGCUUUCCCAGGAAACAAACUACUAGUCACAAUUGCCAUGCUCUGCCUCCAAGGUUGGAGGCUGUAAUCAGGGGCAGCCUACCACUAGUGUAGUGGAAGAUGAGGCUAUUCACAGUGAUAAGCAAUAAUGCUUCUGAAUCCUACUUGAUGGAAACUGCAGGAGUGGAGAGGGUACUGCUUGGGGGCUUCUGCUUGUGGCAUCUGGGUGGCCACUGUGAGAACAGGAUGCUGGACUAGAUAGCCCGCUCUGGCCUUAUCCAGCAGCCAGGCUUUUCUUAUGUUCUUAACCUGUGUCUUCAGCUUUCAUCCUGGGUUUGCUUAGACACAGAUUUUCAGAGGUUAGACUAUGUCCAGUCUUUCUUGAGCAUUUGCUCAAUGAUUUAUCCAGUUUGGUGUAAGGCAACUUACUAUGUUCCUCUUUGGAACUGUGGAGCCUAAAAUCUUACUUUAUUUUUAGAGGAAUGGUCAUAGCAGAGUGGCAGAGCACAUGUCUGAACACAGAAGGCUCCAGACUUAUUCUCUGGUGUCUCCUGAUAGGGCUGGGAAAGAUUCCCUGUCUGUAACCCAAGUGAACCAGUCAGUGCAGACUAUACUGAGCUAGAUGGACCAAUGGUCUAUAUCAUCAGAAGGCAGCUUCCUAUGAUCUGGUGAACCAGGUCACUAAAUGCCACUUUGUGGAAACUGGAAGGAAUUAAAGGUAAAGGGACCCCUGACCAUUAGGUCCAGUUGUGACCGACUCUGGGGUUGCGGCGCUCAUCUCGCUUUAUUGGCCGAGGGAGCUUCCAGGUCAUGUUGCCAGCAAACUGUAGAAGCGGAAACGCCGUUUACCUUCCCGCCAGAGUGGUACCUAUUUAUCUACUUGCACUUUGACGUGCUUUCGAACUGCUAGGUUGGCAGAAGCUGGGAUUGAGCAACGGGAGCUCACCCCGUCGCGGGGAUUCGAGCCACCGACCUUUUGAUCAGCAAGUCCUAGGCUCUGUGGUUUAACCCACAGCGCCACCCGUGUCCUCCAAAACCUGCUUUCAGCUGAAAUCACCAUUGCACAGUUAUGAUGUCUGAUGGUGUUUCCCUACUCCUCCCAGUAAGUUUUUGAGGGCAAUUCAAAGUGUUGGUGCUCUGGUUUCUCUUCAGAUCGUAUAAAUCUUUCGCCUUUUUACAAAGUGUUGGUGCUGACCUUUAAAGCCAAACAGCCUUGACCGAGUAUACCUGAAGGAGCGCCUCCACCCCCAUCGUUCUGCCCAGACACUGAGGUCCAGCUCCGAGGGCCUUCUGGCGGUUCCCUCCCUGCAAGAAGUGAGGAUACAGGGAACCAGGCAGAGGGCCUUCUUGGUAGUGGCGCCUGCCCUGUGGACAUAGCUGUCAACUUUUCCCUUUUCUUGCGAGGAAUCCUAUUUGGAAGAAGGGAAUUUCCCUUAAAAAAAGGGAAAAGUUGACAGCUAUGCCUAUGGAACGCCCUCCCAUCAGAUGUCAAGGAGAUGAGUAAUUAUAUAACAUUUAGGAAACAUCUGAAGGCAGCCCUGUAUAGGGAAGCUUUUUAAGGUUUAAGGUUUUACUUUGCUUAUAUAUAUGCUGAAAGCCGCCCAGAGUGUCUGGGGCAACCCAGUCAGAUUGGCAGGGUACAAAUAAUAAAUGAUGCUGCUGAUGCUGAUGAAUACCCCCAGAAAAAAGCAAGUGGUAGUUGUGCCAUUAACAAUGCCUAGGGCUGUGUACAGUUUUAGCUCAGUGGCAGAAUAUCAGUUCCGCAUGCAGAAGGUCCCAGGUUCAGUCCCCGUUAUGUUCAGGUGGGGCAGGGAGAGACCCCCUACUGAAAUCUGGAGAGCCACUGCCAGCCAGUGUAGACAAUACUGAGCUAGAUGCACCAACUGUCUGACUGCCUGUGUUCCUAAGGUCAUGCUUGAGGACUGGCUGUAGCUCAGUGGUAGAGCAUUUAUACUCUGCUCCUCUGCGCGGCUUACAAUGCGUAUAAAAACAUAGUAAAACGUCAAACACUAAAAAACUUCCUGCCUUCAGCUGUCUUCUAAAAGUUGUGUAGUUCUUUAUUUUCUUGACCUCUGAUGUAACAUUGGCAGUGGGGGGAGUAACUGGGCAGGCAAGAGAAUAAGAAAUGGGUCCCUUCCUGCCAAGUCACAACAUAUUCCAUCCAUCAUUUUCCUUUUCCCUUUUCGGUGUUUGCUAUUUGAGGAGUGAAAAAGACUGAGUUCCAGGCCUUUUACCCCUCCCAAGUUUCCAUCUCUUAACAAGUGAAGGGGGCCGUUAAAAUAAGAUAUUUCUUUGAGGUAAAAACAGGAAAUAAUUUUUCUCCCUGAUGGUAAAACAUGUAAUUCUUCUUUGAGAUGAUUAAAAGUAAAAGUAAAGGAGGGAUUGAUUUCAGCAGCUAGAAAUCAGUCUCUGCUUUUGUGGGGAUUGAAUGCCCAGCUGAAGGGUUGAUCUGGGCUGCUGUUAGAAGCCAGUGAUUAGUGGCCCUCAGUUCUCCUGCUUCCCCCAUAUGCCUAUUUUGAAAAAGGAUGGUGCAGGUGGGGGGGGGGCUGGGGGGGGAGAGAGAGAGAGAGAGAGAGAGCAGUUGCAUAGCUUGGGGUGGGGGUGGGGAAGGUGGGGUGCACUGGGUGGCACUUACCUUGUGGGUGGCACCCCAGAGCAUGGUGCGCCACUCCCCAAAGCAGUGUGGCCCCAGGGCUGUUCUUGCAGGGCGCUGAGCUGCUGCAACCUUACCCCCUGCCACCAGAGGGCAGCUGAGAAGGAUGCAACAGGCAUGUGCUGGCCCUGUGAGCAGCACUGGGCCCGCAGUGUGCCUGAGCCACAGUGUCUCUCCUGGGCAUGAUGUGGUGGCUCGGGCCCCUGCCGCACAACCCAAAAAGCAGGGUGGGGGGUCUCCAGCUGGGGAGGGCAGUAGGUGGACUCCCUGCAGGCUACAGCUGCUCGAAAAAGCAACAUGGGCCUGCAGAGCACGUGAGCGGAACACGGUGGCUUGGGUGGUAGGAUUCUGGCAGUCCGCCCUGCCCUGCCCCAAUGUGUGGUAUGUGCAUAGGGUGCCUGUGCCACCCUGAGUGCCCAAGCAGCUAGCUGAGAGAGAGGCAGAGAGAGACUGAUUACAAAAAUGUGGAAAUAAAUCAAGGUGGAUUGGAGGGAGGAUGGAAAGAGACUGAUCAGCAGUGAUAAAGAAGCAGAAAGAACAUUAUUUCUUUCCAAGGCAAAGCAGGGAUAUCUGUGCGUAUAUAUAAAUCCACCACACCAGUAUCUGAGGGGCAUCUGUGACCAAUUAGAGCUGGGGGGGGGGGAGCAGGGCUUCAUUUACCUCCCCAGUUUUAAUUUAGCCCUAACUUGGAAAUGUUGUUAGAGCAGCCGUAUAAUGUUACAUUGAUUCUGCACUCAGAUCUGACAGCAAAUUAAACGUUAUCUUGAAUUUCUUAAACAUGAAAUCAAGGAGGCUUGUUGCUUAAGCUGGGGGGUUGGUGUGGUGGUCCUUCACUGCUUGAUUGGGAUGCCCUGCUGGAUCAGGCCAAUGCCCCCCAGGGGUGCCAAAUCCUAGUGGCUUUUGCCCCCCCUUCAAAUAUUUUUUGGGAGGGAGCCAGCUGCCUGCAAUGUCUAAAACGGGGUGGUGGGGCGGCGGAGGAAGCAUGGUGUGGCUUCAAUGACUGGCUCCUCCUCCUUCUGCCACAGAGGGGAAGGAGGUGGGAAGCAGCCCCCAGUCAAGUGUGGAGCCAAGCAUGCCACAGCACCCUCGGCUGGUGGUGGCAACAGUGGCCGGAAGAGGAGGAACCAGUGGCUAUUGAAGCCAUGCUGCCGCCACAUUCGGCUCCACCCCCUGGCUCCUCCCGAUAUCCUGACGUUGCUCGCACAACACUGCAACAUCACUUGUGACAUUGGCCAGCCCCCCAAACUCCCUUGCAAGUUGACGCCUCUGCUCUACCGCCUAGCAUCCUGCUCUCACCAUGGCCAACCAGAUGCCCAGUUAUGGGAAACCUUCAAGAGCCCUCUCCCCUCCUGUGGCUUCCAGCAAUUGGUAUAAGUCUCUGAUUGUGGAGGCACAGCUUGGCCAAUUGUGGGUAAUAGCCAUCAAUAGCCCUGUCCUCCAUGAAUUUGUCUUUUAUUUUUUUCAAGUAUUUUUUUCCCCUUUAAAUAUUCUUUUCCCAACAAUCCUUAUUAUCACAAUAUAUUCCCUUUGCCUCUGCCGAGUCUUGACUUCCCUCCCUCCCUGCAGCUGGUAUAUACAUCACAAUCUUAUCGCUUAUAUUAUUCUUAUAUCUCUACUAUUUUACAUUGAAGGUAUUAUUCCAGUCCUGCUAGUGUCUUUAAGUUUUUACAGUUCUCCUUUAGAUAUUCAAUGAAUUUACUCCAAUUGUUCUUGUAUCUCUGGUCCUCUUGGUCCCAGAUCCUCCCUGUCAAUUUGGCAAGUUCUGCGAAAUCUGUCAUAUUCACCUGCCAUUCCUGGAUGGUUGGUAAAUCUUGUGAUUUCCAUUUUUCAGGCAAUAGGGUUCUUGCGGCGGCUGUGGCAUACAUAAACAAAUUCUGAUCAUUUAUUUUAAUCUCCCUUCCCAUUAGACCUAGCAAAAAAGCUUCCGGUCUUUUGGGAAAGGUGUACUUAAAUACCUUUUUAAGUUCAUUAUAGAUUGAUUUUCAGAAUUUUUUAACCUUGUCACAGGUCCACCACAUAUGAAAAUAAUCACCAUCUGCUUCUUUACAUUUCCAACAUUUCCUAUCUCUCUUUCUAUACAUUUUGGCCAAUUUUGUUGGCGUUAAAUGCCAUCUAUACAUUAUCUUUAAUACAUUCUCCUUCAAAGCCAUACAUCCAGUAAAUCUCAAACCCUCAUUCCAUAAUUUUAUCCACGCUUCCAACUCAAUAUGAAUUUGUUUUUUAAAACCAUCUAGGCUGGUGGCCAUUACUCCUGUGAAGAAGUCCUGUAGGGCUUUAUAGGUCAUAACCAGGACUUUGAUGAUGACAUGGCUCUUGAUUAUAAGCUGCGCUUUAGCACAUUUAAAGCAAUUCACACUUGAUAUUCUGCAGCAGCCCACAAGCAGCCUUGUGAGGCUCACCUGCAUAGUGUGGCAUAGAGACUAGAGAGUUGGGCUAGAGCCCGUGAUGCCCAGGUGCAGAUCCCUCGCUUGGCUAUGACGCUGACAGGGUGACCUGGGGCUGGGCAUCCCCUUGUCACACAAACCUACCUUGCAGGGUUCUGGUGACAAUAAAAAUUUGUUGUGAAUUUUUAGUCAGUUUAGUAGUCACCAGACACGCCAGGAGUUUCAAAGCUGCAAAGAAUAAAGGGGGGAGGCCAUAAAGUUUUUUUUGGGGGGGGGGUUCAUAGCAGGAUAAUCCUUAGGAAAGUAGAUGGCAGAAUAAAAAUGAGAAGGGGGAGAAUCACUGCCUUGAGCUUUUUGGAAGAAAGAUGGGAGAUAAGUGUGAUAACAGAUCAAUAUAAAGCUAAACUAAGCAGACUCAGGGAAGCUGCAACCCUCCAGAUGUAGUUAGAAAAUUCUGGCUUUGGCAGCCCCAGUAGCUGGGGAUGAUGGGAGUUAUGGCCUGCACAGGUUUUCUCACCCCUGCUGGUGGAGGGAGGGAAUGAGGUGAACUUACCUAAGUCACGCUUUCUGGAACAUUCCUUGAACCGAAAGGCAGACAUCUUCCAAAAUUCAUGUUUCUCCAAAUUUUGGAAUGUGGCACAUCAGCCAGGUUGUGUAUGGAAACUCAUUUGCUACACCAAAAUGUCCACACAAAUGCACAUAUUUUGGGGGGGGGGGGAAUAACACAAUACAUGCAUUAUAUCAGGCAAAAUUGCUUUGCAAAAGAUGCGUUUUAUCUGUAUGAUUCUGUAUGUAAGUCUAUGAGAGCAGCGAAAGGAAAGAUCAUAAUAAAAGAUAAAUCUCUUCCUCCCCACUUCUCCCUUGCAAAGCAUGGCACCAGUCUUCUAAAACGAGGCUUCUUAUGAAUGCCUGAGUCACCAAAAACACAAACAUGCUCUCUUUUUCUUUUUCUUUGCAUCACAUUGUGAUUGUGAUUCAAGUCAACUAACAAAACCCCCAAUAAUUGUUAAGGGAGAGGAUCGUCACUCAGUAGUAAGGCACUACAUGCAGAAGGUCGCCAUACUCAACAUCUCCAAGUAGGUCUUGGAAAAGACCCUGCACACCUGAAUCCCUGCAGAGCUGCUGCCAGUCAGUGUAAAUAAUACUGAGCUUGAUGGUUCAAUGUUCUGAAAUGGUAUGGGACAGAUUCCCGUGUUCCUGUUUGGGGAAGGGUCAUAACUCAGUGGUAGAGCACGUGCUUUGCAUAUAGAAGGUCCCAAGUUCAAUCCCAAAUAGCAUCUCUAGGUACAGCUGAAGCCCUGGGGAGCUGCUGUCAGUCAGUGUGGACAAUAUUGAACUAGGUGGACUAAUAGUUUGACUCUGUAUAAGGCAGCUUCCUGUGCUCACGUUUAAUUCAUCCUUUUCCCAGAAUCUCGAGGACUAGAAUCUUCCUGUGUUUUAAGGAGAAGGGAUGUAGUUUAGUGGUAGGGUGCCUACUUUACAUGCAGAGGGGCUCUGGUUCAAUCUCCAAUGGCCUCUUCAUUAGUCUGACUUUCUACAGGGAAAAUUCCCGUGUCCUUAAAACGCAUAAAAUGAAUUGACUUUGGUUUCUUUAAUUGGAGUCCAUCCUAGGGAGAAAUGCCAUUUAAACUUACUGCUUCCAAUACUCCAUUCCCAACCACCAAAUCCCAUCUCCUUCUCACUCCUGCAUGGCCAGCCCUUAACGUCCACCUCACCCCUCACCCCCGGCUUCCCACAUCUGGAAUGCUUCUUAUUUCCAGAAGACAGCGUGAUGAUAGGCAAGGGGAGUCCAAAAUGAACUUUUUACUAGGAAAGUUAUCUUUUUAUGGUGAUCCUAAAACAAAACAGGCAUGGACAUCCCAGUUUCAUUUCAUUUUAUGGCCUUCCUUUGCUUCCUGCAGAUGCAAUUCUGCUGGAGACAAGAAGCAAAGGGUGUAAUGAUUGAUCAACUUGGGAAGAUGAGGAAGUAUUAAGGGUUUGGAUAUAUAUAUAUAUAUAUGUGAGGGAGCUUGCCUUAUAGUCGUACCUUGGAAGUCAAAUGGAAUCCAUUCCGGAAGUCCGUUUGACUUCCAAAAUGUUUGAAAACCAAAUCACAGCUUCUGACUGGCUGCAGGAAGCCCCCUUGGACGUUCAAGUUCCAAAAGAAUGUUCGCAAACUGGAACAAUCACUUCUGGGUUUGUGGCGUCUGGGAGCCAAAACACCCGAGUUUGGAAACCAAGGUACAACUAUAUUUGGAAGAUACUUUUAUUCAGUGCUUUUUUUCCUCUAAAAAAAUAUGUUUAGGGGCACUCUCAUUUUGACUCAGGAAAAGCACCAUUUUAUAGUUCAAAUUGGGAAAAAUAAAUACAGUAGAUGGACAAAAGUACAAAGAUUCACAAAAUGUUUAGGGGUAUGCGUACCCCCAGAAAAAAAGAAUGGCUUUUAUUAUUGUCACAUGGAAGCUGGAGCAAGCUUGUUUUCUCCUGCUCCAGAGGCUAGGACCCGAACCAAUGGAUCAAAGUAAAAGGAAGGAGGUUCCAACUAAACACCAGGAAGAACUUUCUGAGUGUAAGAGCUGUUGAAUAGUGGAACAGACCCUCUUGUGAAGCUGUGGACUCUCCUUCCUUGGAGGUUUUUAAGCAGAGGUUGGAUGGUCAUCUGAGAUUCCUGCCUUGGAGGGGGUGGACUAUAUGAUGCCUAGGAUCCUUUCCAAUGUGACAAUUCUAUGAUUCUAUUGCUCCUUCACCCACCUCAGGCCCCCACCCAGUGAGCCACCAGCUUGAAUUGCAGGGACUAGAUGCAGGGUUCCCUUCUUACCCUAUGAUCCUAUAAAUCCAGGGCCCAAGCCCCUGUUGACAUUAUUUGACACCUGCCAACAAUGCGGCUGUGUCUACAUGUUGGCAGAAGCCACUGACAUAAGCUCAGGCUCAUUAGGGAGCAGCAUGAAGGACAUCUGCUUUGUCUGUGGCAAAGAGGUGCUCUCCAAGGCGCCAUCUACACUAUGUAUUUGAAGCAGUAUUACAGUGGUUCUUCAGGUUAAGUACUUAAUACGUUCCGGAGGUCCGUUUUUAACCUGAAACUGUUCUUAACCUGAGGUACCACUUUAGCUAAUGGGGCCUCUCUCUGCCGCCACACGAUUUCUGUUCUCAUCCUGAAGCAAAGUUCUUAACCCAAGGUACUAUUUCUGGGUUAGCAGAGUCUGUAACCUGAAGCGUAUGUAACCCGAGGUACCACUGUAUAUAACUUCAAGGGGUCAUGGCUUCCCCCAAAGAAUCCUAGAAAGUGGUUUUUCAGAGUGCUGAAAACUGAGCUGAGAGACCCUCUAUUUCACCCUCCCUGAGCUACAAUUCCCAGAGCUCCCUGCGAAGAGGGAUUGAUUGUUAAACCACUCUGGGAAUUAUAGCACUUUGAGGGGAAUGCAGGGGUCUCCCAAAAACUCUCAGCACUGUGAACAAACUACAGCUGUACAUAACUCCUCAGAUACAGAAUAUUUGUGUUUACAAAAAGAAGAAAAUCAAGUAGACUUCACAGGGCAGUCUGAGCAGAUGGAAGUUUAUUUGCAAAAUGCAGCCUCUCAAGAACUUCAAGGAAAACUGUUCAGGUACAGAAAUGUCUGGAGAAAGUGACAAUGAAGUGACAGGACCUACAGUCAAAGUACUAACACAAGGCACCGAAGGUAUAUGCCAUGAGAUACUUGCACCCUUAAAAAAGGAGUUCAAUUACCGUCUUAAAGAAUGGGAAAACAAAGAAAAUGAUCUCAGCACUACAGACACAAAAUUACCAACUGUUCAUGCUACUAGUGAUUUCAGAGACAAUAAUGACAGAUGUUUAUGGACCAUAAUGAAUAACAAGGAAAUAUCAUUCUGGAUUGAGAAAGGUCCACUGGAAUGUCAGCAUUGGUAUGGAUGGAUCUUUUACCACUGAUCUUUUACCUGAAGCAUAUGUAAUUCGUUCUGGAGCUCUGUUCUUAACCUGAAACUGUUCUUAACCUGAAACACCACUUUAGCUAAUGGGGCCUCCCACUGCCGCUGUGCCUCUGCCACACAAUUUCUGUUCUCAUCCUGAAGCAAAGUUCUCAACCCGAGGUACUAUUUCUGGGUUAGCAGAGUCUGUAACCUGAAUUGUAUGUAACCUGAAGCAUAUGUAACCCGAGGUACCACUGUAUACAAAAACCAAGCCUGGUUCUGCUCUAUUCUAUUGCACCAAAGUAAAUGGAGAAACUAAGUUUGAGAAUGGCUAGUGUAUUCUCCCGCAAAAGGAAAAGUCUACUGUUUUGUGUGCAAACUUUUCUCUAACCAAACUACCUCAACCACAGAUUUAGCUUCUACUGGAUUCAGUGACUGGCAUUAUGCUUGUCUUCUUCAGACCCAGGGAAACUCUAAAAAUCAUAUGAAUUCUAUGCUAACAUCCUUAACAAAAAAUUGUGGUCAGACACUCACAUCAAAACUUGAAGAGCAAAUCAAAGCAGAGCAGGGUUACUGGAGGCAUGUACUUCAGUGAGUUGUUGCAGUGAUUUCCCUUUUGGCAGAAUGCAGUUUGACAUUUUGGGGAGAUGAUGAAACAUUUGGUUCCCCAAACAACGGUAAUUUUCUUGGAUUGCUUGAGCUAAUUGGCAAAUUCGAUCCCUUCCUGUGUGCUCACAUAAAUCAGUAUGGAGGUAAAGGCUCUUCUCAGACGUUGUACUUAUCCAAAGCUGGACUAGAUGGGCAUUGACCUGAUCCAGCAUGUAUGAUGAUUGUCCUGUUUCACUUGCUUGAACUCAAGUCUCUCCCCCUUUACCUCCGUCUCCAACGAUGUGCAGCACAUUAAACAGAGGUUCACUUGCUGCUGCAAUUCACUUGAUUGAAAAAUUAUAGUGCAGGGAUUGCUGGGUGGAGGGGAGGAAAUCAAAAGCAGAAACGCCAUUCAUUGCUGGCCAGGAUCUUGUUCAGUCCCAGAACAAUGCAAUAACCCUCAUGUAUUAAAAAAAAAACACCUUAUAGGCGGGUGGGAGGGGGAGAAGGGUUGAGGUCUUGAAAGCUUAUUCACCUCCUUUCAUUAGACUAACAAAUAACGCUUAACACAAACCAUCUGUUAGCAACAGACCUUACUGCUUGAGAAGAUAAAACAGAAAGGUAAUUUUAGCCACUGGAGGGGGGACUCUCAGCUUUACAUGAGAGCCCUUUUUCAACCAGUGUGCUGUUACUCAAGCGUCUCUGGGGAGGUGGGAUGCAGGUGGGGGGGGGACCAGGAGGGAGGGAGGUCAGAACUCUGGCCUGGUUUUAAGGGGGCAUCUUGACAGCAUUAUGGGCAUCUGGUGGCUUCGUGCUUUGUCAAUUUUGGGGAUCAUCCACACUUUCACUUGACUUGUAUUUUGAUUGUAUUGUGUCCCAAUUAAUUCUCAUUGUUCUGUGGCUGUGCCUUGCAAGAAUCUGAUCUUACCAGCUGAAUUGAAGCUUGGUUAAGCAAAAUCUCCUUGGAUUUUAAAUGCAUCUGAUAAGGUCCAGUUCAGUGGGUAAGAUUGGAUUUCCACAAAGCACACAGCCAUGGAAUAACGAAAAAAAGCUCUUGGACACAGAGGAAUUAAUUGGGACACAAUGCAAUCAAAACAGAAGUGAAAGUGUUGACCAGCCCUUACCUGCAAGAGUGUGUGAAGAGAUUUGUCUAGUAGCCUAGUCCUAAAUAGUUCCUUUGCAUUGAACUGGACCGUUUACUGGACCCAGUUUAUUAGAAGGAGAAGUCAUUCUAAUAGGGAUGCAAUGAAUGUCAGGGGCUGGUUGUUGUUGUUGUUGUUAUUAUUAUUAUUAUUAAAAAGUUUUACCCAGGCCUAGAGUGGUGUGCUCCACCCUGGAUGUGGGGGAUCAGGGGGAGAACCCAAAGGCUACAUUAUAUUCUGUGCAACUUUCCAAGGACCAUAUGGAAACGAAAAUCAAGAUAAUUUAUCCACUGUAACAGGUGUAUCAGAUUGGAGAGUCCAUUAAUUUCAGUGGGUCUACUGGGAAAAGGAUUCACAUUGGAUACAGCUCCAUCGUGUGGAGCAACAAGAGGAUGAUUGCCAUUCAGUUCCUAAUGCCCACUUCUUCUUGUUUAAUUUGGGCAGAUAUUGAGAAAUUUCUUCUCAUAUGCACUUUCCCCGAUAUGCAUUUUUUGGGGGGUGUCUUACCUCAGAUAUGCCCUCUUGCCCACUUUGAUUGGCAGAACUGGCAUUACUGCAGGUGGCAUACGGUGCCCAUUCUGCAUUAGUAAGAACUCAGUCUUUUAGAAUGGCAGCACCUACACUUGGGAACUCCCUGCCACCUGACAGCAGGCAAGUGCCUUCACUGUAUUCUUCUCAGCACCUGCUAAAAACAAUUUUUCAAAGCAAAGCUUAUCCGGGUACAGUAUUUAGAAAGUUGAUGUGAGUUUUAAUGUGGUCUUAGUUUAUUGUUAUUCUAACUUUCCAUAAGACUUAAAUUAUUGUUAUUAAUUGUUUAUUAAUAAUUUUUAUUGUUUUACCAUAUAUUUUAAAUUAUUGUUGUUAUUUUUUUCUUAUUGGUAAUUUAUUUAAUUUCAUUUUUUGGUAAACAACUUUGAGGUUUGUUUGUUUUUAAAGCAAAGAAACAAAUAUUUCCCCAGAAUGCAAUGCAUUUUUAUAUGCUUUCCCCCACCCAUAUAUGCAUUUUUUUAAAAAGCAUAUUACUUAUGUGGAAAACUGCACUGCAAAAUUUAGAGGAUUACAAAUUUUCAGUUUGUGUAAACUGGGCACCUUCUUUUAAAGCAAACAGGAUUCAAUUUCUCCACAGAAACUAGUACUGUGUCAAGAAGUUCUUCCUUGAUCUUCCAAUGCUCAACCACAUUAGAGCACCUCUCAUUCUGGAGAGACGCAAGAGAGACCUGUCUAUCUUUUCUUUGCAAUCUUCCUAUCUACCAUCCUAGAAAAAUAGCACAUACCUCAACUAUGCGUGCCUUCCAUGGGGUAGGGGGAACCCCCCAAUGUUUUAAUGGGCAGAAAAUUAGAUCUUUGUGUUUAUUUUAAACCACUAUGGAAAUAGAUUCUUGAGAAAUCAGCUUAGCAUAACAAGCUGAAAAUGCUUUCUUCUGAGCACAUGAGUUCUGGAGGGUUAGCUGUCAACCACAACCACCCCAAAUUUAUUUGUACAAGUUAGAGGCAUGGCCUUCCUAACAUGAAAGGUGGCGCAAGGCUGACACACACUUAACCAACAGACUCCAAGAAUAAACGCACAAGAUCUCCCGUAAAGGCAAGAAGAGCCUUCCCUAACAGAAACCUGAAUUUUCCUCCUUGGGUGAUGUCAACAACUUCAUUCACCAAAUUGAAAAAUUGGAGAUUUCCUCCAGGUAAACUUUGGGAUAUCUGGUUUGUGUCCAGAGCAGCUGGAGCAGGCCAGUGGCUCAUCUAGUCCAGUGUCCUGCUCUCUUUUAUAUAUAUAUCUUUAUUUGUUUUACAUAAAAUUAUGCACUGUAACCAUUCCAAAACUUAAAAAUAAAAGAGGUUCUUUUGAACCUUCAGACCUCCUUCCCUCCCUCCAUUGGUUCCAGUUCUAAAGAUCUUAUCUUUCCCUUUCCCUGCCUGCAUCUUUUACCGUUAUCCAUCUAUUAUAUAAUUAUAUUUACCAUAUAAUAUAUAUAUAACCAUAUAAUUAUAUUUAUUUCACUUUACAAGUGUCAUUUGUAUGCCUGCCAAUGAUUUUAACUGUCUACAGUGGUCUUUUAAGUAUAUUAUAAAGUUAUUCCAGUCUUUUAAAAAUACUGGUUUCUGAUUUUUCCCGUCAGUCUUGCCAUUUCUGUGUAUUCCAUCAGCUUGGUCCGCCACUCUUCUCAGGACAGUAGUUCUCCUUCUUUCCAUCUCUGGGCUAGAAGCAUUCUCGCUGCCAUCAUUGCAUGCAUAAAGAGUCUUUUGUUUCCUUUUGGUAGUUCCCCUCCUAUUUUACCUAACAGAAAAGCCUCUGGUUUUUUUAACAAAAGUUUUCUUAAACAUUUUCUUUAACUCAUUAUAUAUCAUUUCCCAGAACGCUUUUACCACUCCACAGGACCACCACAUAUGAUAAAAAGAACCAUUUUUUAUUUUACAUUUCCAGCACUAAUUGAGCUGGUUCUAUACAUUUUCGCACUCUUAAAGGUAAAGGUAAUGGGACCCCUGACAGUUAAGUCCAGUCGCAGAUGACUCUGGGGUUGCGGUGCUCAUCUUAUUUUAUUGGCUGAGGGAGCCGGCGUACAGCUUCCAGGUCAUGUGAACCAGAGCAGCGCACGGAAACUCUGUUUACCUUCCCGCCGGAGGGGUAUCUAUUUAUCUACUUGCACUUGACGUGCUUUUGAUCUGCUAGGUUGGCAGGAGCAGGGACCGAGCAACAGGAGCUCACCCCAUCGCGGGGAUUCAAACCGCCGACCUUCUGAUCGGCAAGUCCUAGGCUCUGUGGUUUAACCCACAGCGCCAUCCGCUCACAAUCGCAAUCGUACUCAGUCUUAAAUACCAACGGUACAUCAUUGUCAUUUUCUUUCAAUGAACAGCAAGCCGUAAACUUAAAAUCCUCUUUCCAUUACAUUUCCAAUUAUGAAAGUUGUUUAUUAUAACCAUAAUCUCUUGCCCAGUGUAUCAUCACUGAUUUAACUUCUUCGUCUUUAGUGAACCAUUAGCGUCCUGUUCUCAUGGUCGCUGACUAGAUUCCCCCAGUGGAAAGCCCCCAAGCAGGAGCUGAAUGCGACAGCAACUCUCCCUACUUGUGGUUCCAAGCAACUGGUAUGCAGAGGCUUUCUGUCUCCAACAGUAAAGGUAGAACAUAAGAAGAAUCUAGCUGCUAGAUUAGGCCAAUAUGGCCUAUCGUGUCCGGCAUCCUAGUUCUCCCAAUGGCCAACCAGAUGCCCCAAUGGAAAACCCACAAGCAGGACCAGAGUGCAACUGCAACUCACUCCUCACUUGCAGUUCCCACCAUCUGGCAUUCAGGAGCAUUUACUGCCCCCAGCAGUGGAGGGAGAACAUAGCUUUUGGGGUUGAUAGCCAUCGAUAACCUUGCCCUCCAUUAAUUUGCCUCUGCUUAUAGGGCAAUAAAAGAUGGUGGCCAUCACUGCGUCUUGUGGUUCCUAAUGAUAUUGUUAAAGAUAUGUUUGCAGCUCUGGGCUCCUUCGGGAUGACAUAAAAUAAAUAAAAUAAUAAUACCAGAACUUUCCACUUGGGCGGCGCCAUUGCAAAAGCAACAAGGGACCUUGCGGGAAAUUAAAAUGGCAGCCCCCCCCUCUAGCCCCAGGGGCCCCUGGUGAGCUAAGCCAGUAUUCAGAAAAGCCGUUGCCUUCUGAGGCUGAAGAGAGAUGUGAUCCCUGCUCACCUGUCAACCCACCCAUACCAAGACAGCUGAUAAAGACCUGCUCUUGACCCUAAGCCCCACAGCCCUCAAACACAGAGCACCUCCCCACCCUCCAUGUUUGACAUCUGCCUCAACUUAUUAUUCCCCGGAGAUAUUUAAAUUAGCAUCAGAUGUCAGGAUCAACCUUUCCCUGACCCGCUCUUAGCAUUUGUUAUGGGCUGUUCCCUUUCAUAGUCAGGAUGAGGGAAAGGUAAACAACCAGCCAAAAACCGGCCUUUGACAUGGAGGCAUUGGAAGGGAAUCCUCCUCCUCCGCCUCCUCCAUCCACUGGAGAAAACACAGUUCCAUUGUUUUAUCGGCUGGGUUUCCUCCAAUCCUUGUAAAGUUGCUUUGGUGGCUAUGACACUCAUUGUAAAGGCUCCAUGGGGGCUGCUUGUCAUCCUUUAAUGGGAAUGGAAAGAUGCUUGAGGAAGCCAAGGACCCACAGACCAAAUGGACUUUGUAUCAUAAGCAUGGAAAAUGUUGGCAGAGGAGUGGGAAAUGGGGACAAAAAUAAGUGGCGGACGAAAUCAAUGGAUACGCUUAUAAAAACAGGUCCAUUGAUUAAACUUAGGUCCAUUCAUUUCAAUAGGUCUACUCUGAGCAGGAAUUAGUUGAAUCAACCCAAAGAGAUGAAUGCACCAAAGUUAGUCAAGUUCCUUAAUUUUGAUGGGCCUACUCUGAGUAGGACUAGUACUGGAUGUGCAACCCACAGGAAGUUGCCUUCUACUGAGUCAGACCACUGGGGUCCAUCUUUCUGAGUACUGUGUACACGUUGGCAGUUGUGACUCUCCAGGGUUCUAGACAGGGAGGUCUCUCUCUCAGCCCUAUCUAGAGAUGCUGCUGGCGACUGAAGCUUGGACCUUCUGCUCUGCCACUGAGCUAAGAUUCCAGUCCUCGUGGUUCUGAAUUAAAGGCCGAAUUAAAUAGGAAGCUGCCUUAGACCAAGUCUGACCACUGGCCCAACUAGCUCAGCAUUGUCUCCUCUGACUGAUAGUGGACUCAUUCCACAGUUUCUGGCAGGUGACUUCCUUGGCCCUACCUGGGGGAUUGGGGAUUGAACACAGGUCCUUUCGUAUGCAAAGCAAGUGCUUUCCAACCUAGCCACGGCCCUAAGUCCUUCUCAAAGGUUUAAUUCAGCUUGCAUGUUUAAGCAAAGGGACCUGAUUGGGUCCCCAACCCCAGACUGGGAUGUGGAUUGGAGCAUGAUCCCCCACAACCACGUUCAACCUCUCCUUUUAUCCACCAGUGCACAAGGAGACCCCUACAUGCUUCUCAAGGGUAACACAGCACAGCAUGAUGCCUCAUCCCCAACCAGAGCUUUUGAGUGUCCUCAAAGUCACCAUCCUCAGCAAACACAUUUACAGAAGGUUGUCUUUGGAUUGGGCCUGUGACCCGUGUAAACUGUCUGAGUGAAAGCCAAGCAUUUGACAAAGGAAUGAAAAUAUUACGUGAUUUUUCAUACAAGUCGUGUGUGUGUGUGUGUUGGGAAAAGGUUUGGAAAACAGCAACCAAAAUGAUCAAAGGGGGUGGACGGGUGGACUAGCCUAUGAGGAAAGUUUGUAGUGUUUGAGGCUUUUUAGCUUAAGAGCAAAGGCAAGUAAUAGGUGACAUGGUGUAAGUUUAUAAAAUUAAGCAUGGCAUGGGGAAAGUGGAUAGAGAAAUGUUUCCUCCUCUCUCUCGUUAACUCUAGAAUGUGUGGACGUCCAAUGGGGCUGAAUGAUGGAAGAUUCAGGGCAGAAAAGAGAAAGGCACUUUUUCAUACAUUCUUCAUACAUACAUUUCAUACAUUCCAUUGUUAAACUAUGGAACUCACUGCUACAGAAGGGUGCCAAUGGCCACCAACAUGCAUGGCUUUUAAAAAAGGAUUAUACCAAUUCAUGGAGGAGAGGGCUUUCCAUGGCCACUGGCCACAAUGGCUAUGUUCUGCCUGCAAAGUUGGGAGGCAGUAAUGCUUCUAAACACCAGCUGCCUAGGUCCGGAAAGCACAGACCUGUGGCUGAAAAGCACGGCACAAAAGGAUGUCUGGAUGAGCCCUUUCUCACACACAAAUGGGCUAUAGUUAGCAUUUUAUGCAAACACGCCAACUUUUAAAAAAUGGGUAGGAGAAGAGUGGAGACUUUGAUGGUUACAAAUAAACAUACCCUGAAACUUUCCACUUUUAGCAUUUAUUUAUUUUAACCAUCAAAGGUUUGCAUUUGUGGGUCUGUUUUCCCAGCACAAAACAAAACCUUCCCAUUAUGAGUGUAUAUGGAUAGGAUAAGGAGAUGGAGAGAUGGGGCUCUGCAGAUGAAGGGGAAGGACCAUAACUCAGUGACUCAGAGCAUCUGCUUUGCAUGCUUUCUCAUAACACUGAAACUAGCGGCCACGCAAGGAAGCUGAAUGUUGGAGGAUUUCAGGAAGAAAGUCCCUUCUUCAUGAAGCGCAUCAUUAAGCUAUGGAACUCUCUUCCCCAGGAGGCAGUGAUGGCCACCAGCUUGGAUAGCUCUAACAGUGAAUCAGACAGAUUCAUGGAGGAUAAGGCUAUCAAUGGCUGCUGGCCACAAUGUCUAGGCUCCACCUCCAUGGUUAGAUUCAGCAAUGCUUCUGAAUACCAGUUACUGGAAACUACAGGAGAGGAGAUGGCUGCCACCUGCCAUCUGAAAUGUACCCAGAUACCACACCAUAGCAUCACUCUAGGGCACUCUGGGAAAUUUAAAGGGGCAGCCCUCUGGACAUUGAGUGCUCCUGUUCUUAUGGAAGAUUAAAAAUGGUAGACAAGGGUCCACCGAUGUAUGAGGGGUCUAUUUUGUUGCUGGACAUAUUUUUGAACCAGUGGAGAGGCUGGUCUUCUGACUGGCGAUUGGUUCAGUACAGAUAAACAGGAACAGUGGAGACUGGUCUAAUAGAGGAAAAGGAGCACUGCCCCAUUAACCUCAGUCUGCCCUCAGCCAGCCCUCACCUGCCUGUCUUCUUACAUACAACCAAUCAAGUUUUGGCUCUGCUUGUCACUUGUUCUGGUGCUACAGUUAAUCUGCUCUACUAGUGGAGGCUGGUCUAUUAGGAAAAGUGGGGCAGUGCCUCACCAACCUCGGUCUGCCUUCAUCCAGCCCACACCAGCCUUCCUCCUUACGGACAACUAGUCCAGGAGGUGGCCCUUCCUCUUAGGCUUCCUCUUCCUUAAGUCUCAGUCCUGCUCAACAGGACUUCCUUUCAGUUUGGAACAUAUUUUAUUUUAUCAAAAAGCAUGCGCACACACACAAGGGAUUGAAGAGAUUUUGAUUUCUGCUUUUAAUCAUAUAUAAAUAUAUAUAUUUAAGGAGCUAAUGAAACCAGCAACCGCUAAAAAUAUAGCCUGCUGGGGUUUGCCUCAUUGCCUAACGGUUAUGAAAAGAAAAAAGAAAAAAUUCCAGAAGGAAAAUCUGGAGCAUGUAAAAAAGAGAGAGUCUUGUUAGACAUCACACUUGCCUUCACCACCGCCUCAACACAAAUCCUUUAUUAGAUUAUUUUACAGCUCCUGUUAUACAGUGAUGGUUAAGCAAUGUGUUCUCCUGACCACUUACCACCACCCACUUAUCCCAUUAUGCAUCUCAGACAGCUUUGCCUAACUGGGACCACAGCAAUGCCCCACGAGCCACAGACAAACUUUCUGUGUCUUCAAACAGGGGCAAAGAAGCUUGGCUAGCUUGAGGGCCAUGUUUCUUUUUGGAAUAACCUUCCAGGAGCCUCAGGCCAAUAGUGUGUGAGGCUGGAAGCAAAAGAGGCCAACUGAGUAAAAUUUACCCAUGUAUUGUGGCCUAGUUUCUACACAUGCUCUCUCUCAUGGACGUUCAUUGAAGCUGAAAGUUGGAAGAUUCAAAACAGAGAAAAGAAGGGAUUUUUUCUUGAGGCGUAGUUAAAUUGUGGAACUCAUUCCCACAGGAGAAGUGAUGGUCACCAACCUAGAUGGCUUUAAAAGAGGAUGAGACAAAUGUAUGGAGGAAGAGAGGGCUAAUGAGGGCUACUGGCCAUAAUGGCUGUGCUCUGUUGAAGGAAGCCAAUGCUUCCGAAUACCAGUUCCUGGAAACCACAGGAGGGGAGAGCAUUCCUGUGCUCGAAUCCUGCUUGCAGGUUUCCCAUAAUAGGCACCUGGCUGGUCACUGUGAGGACAGGAUGCCGUUGGCCUGUUCCAGCAGGCUCUUAUCCAGCAGGGUGGAAUUUGGUAAGAACAGAUGGAGAAUCUGUCUCCAGUCCAUUCUACUUCACUAUAUCUAUUCACUGUAAUCUUUGCAGAAACAUAGCAAAGGGAUGAACUGAAAUUGACUGGUUUGUCCUUCCCCAACAGAAGAAAACAAACUGCUUUUGGGCUCAGCAGGUGGUUGAGCUGGGCAGAGAUGCCCUUCCAGAGGUUUGCCUGCAUAGUGAGUCCAGUGGUGCUCCACUGGCAUGGAACUCUCCUUUUAACCUGCCAAAUGAACUCACUGGUGGCAUCCAGCUGAAAACCCUGAAAUGCGCAGGCUGGGGCCAGUCCAUUGGACCCGGAGCUGGUCCUAACAUCAUCGCAGGAAGGCACUGGGCCUGAUCCAGACCCAACAGCUGCACCUGCAGGAAUCUCCUCACCUCCAUUUGCCGCCUGCAUGCAUGCUCAACUGGGGUGUAGUGCAGGUGCCAGAGCCCUCAGGGAGAACAGCAAAGCAGGUCAUGGGUCACAGGACCACGGAUAGCUCCAAGUGAGCUGCUUGCUCCAGCAGAGAUGAGCACAAGAGCCUGUUGGAUCAAGCCGAAGGGGACCCACCUAGGCCAACAUCCUAUUCUCACAGUGGCCAUCCAAAUGCCCCAACUGGAAACGAGCAAGCAGUGGUUUCCAGCAACUGGCAUUCAGAGACAUUACUGACUCCAACCAUGGAGGCAGAGCAUAGCCUCCAUCAUGGCUACUAGCUAUCAAUAGCCUCUUCCUCCAUGACUUUCUCCAAUCCUCUUUUAAAGCCAUCCAACUUGGUGGCCAUUGAGGCUUCCUGUGGGAGUGAGCUUGAACCCAGGAUUUGAACCCAUCACCCGCCAUACAUGAGCACAGGAAACUGGAUGCAAUGAAGCCAUUGCAUUAUAUUGGGGGAGAAGGUCUGAGCCCCUGGCGGCCUCCAGCACACAGGAGGUUGAGAUCCAAUCUGUUUCCGAUUCCUAAAGAACAAGAAAGACUCCAGCAGAUAAGGAGAGCUGUAAACAUUAAUUCAAUAUUAACAUGGCUUUUUACACAUCAUCUACUCUCUUUAACCUUGCAUUAGGGCCUGCCUAUAUCUGGCUUUCUCUCAGGUUAGCAUCUGGCCAAUAAAAUUGGGGAGGGUUUUUUAUGGCUUUAAUAAGUUAUAAGGUAUUAAGAGGGAUAAACAUUGAGCACUUGAUUAAAUUGCAGAUUGACCCGUAACUCCUGGAAAGCUUUCGAUGGCUCAGCCUUCCAGCUGAAGAUGUCAGCAAGGAGACAUAAAUAUAUUGAAAAGCAAUGUGGUCUGGGGCACCCAAAAGGCAAAGUGGGCAGUUCUCCUACAGGUCUUUAGGCAGACAAUAGGUAGACAGGAGUUGGGUUGGGGAAACUUUACCAUGCAAACCAGGCUUUUGUACUUUGUAAUGGUUUGGGGGAAAGGAAGCAUUGAUUGUCAAGAGCUGGCAACAGCUGAUCCGCAAUCACUGCACAAUCACCCGAAGGCAAUAUUUUUUAAAAGGGCCAUAGCAGCUGCCUUGCAUGCAGAGACCUGUUUCUAGUCAGUGCAGACAACACUAAGCUAGAUGGAUCCAAUGGUCUGUUCAUGCUCCUGUUUACAUCAGCCCUUUAUUCAGAACCAUGAGGACUGGAGUCUUGCUUUGUUUUUAUGGGAGAAGGUGUUCAGAAGUAGCGUUCCUGCUUUGCAUGUAGGAAGCCUCAGGUUCCACCCCCAAGCAGGACUAGGAAUGUCCCCUGCAUUCAGAGAGCCACUACCAGUCAGUGCAGACAGUUCCAACCUAUAUGGACCAGUGUUUCGACUCAGUAGACGUCAGCUUGCUGUGCUCCUAUGUCUCCUGGCAUUGUCCUUAAAAUUCUGCAGUAGUAGCCAAUUCAUGACUCUUGAAUGAGAUGUAACCACCCCAGUUGAAUUUUGAAGUCAAAGUCUUCUUAGUUCAUUUCCUUCGGUUAAGAUGCUAGACGGGUUGACAUAAACAACUUUCGGAUUUCCAAGGGGGCUUGCAAAUCUUCACACCACCCCCUUGCCCCACCGCCACCCAUUUCCUCCCCCCACCCUGAGCCCCUCCAAUCCCCACAGUGGAAUUUAAGAGCCCUGCAGCAGCAGCCGCAAAGCCCCACAGAUGGAUCUAGUUAAUUACAAAGGAGAAAAAGGAGGAGGUCCAUGAGCCUGCCUUGGAGAGAGAGAGAGAGAGAGAGAGAGAGAGAGAGAAAGAGAGAGAGAGGUUAACAGUGAGACCCUUGCGUUCAAAGGAGAGUCAAACCAAACCAAACAAGGUCUUUUGCAAGGAAGAGAGAGGAAGCAGAAAUCAAGUGAUGCAUGCCUAGGAUGGGCAAGAAUCAAUAGGCUGUGCAAGAGAUGAAAGUAAUGUUUGUGUGAUUGUGUGCAUGUGCAUUUGUGAGCAGUGGCGGGGGGGGGGAGAGAAAGAAAUCCCACAAAGGUCUAAAAAAACAAAACCCUGCCCCACAUUUAUUUUGAAUCUGCUUUCAGCAAGUUGGUCCAUUUCAGUUACUCUUGGUUUCUCCCCCCCCCCGUUCUAAAUUAAGUUAUUCACAUUCCCACAUCAGUUUGUGAGUUGUUGUUAUUGUUAUUAAGAACAUAAGAAGGGCCCUGCUGGAUCAGGCUAAUGUCCCAUCUAGUCUUGCAACCUGUUCUCAAAGCAGAACUCGAGCACAAGAGCAACACCCGACCUCUUGCGGGACCCAGCAACAAAUAUUCAGCAGCAUUCACUGCCUCUGACCAUGAAGGCUAGCAGCCAUUGAUGGCCUUAUCUCCUCUAUGCAUUUCCCCAGUCCUCUUUUAAAGCCAUCCAAGUUGGUGACCAUCAUUGCCUCCUUCAGGAGCAAGUUCCAAAUUCACACUAAAACACCGAGGAAUCGUUCUAAGGACUCUUUAACUAUGUUCAGCAUUUUAGUGUGAAUUUCUCCUACUGUACACAUUUUGCAUAUGGAAAUUUGUCUGAUAGAUGCAUCUCUGCAAUCAAUUUCCCUCACAUAAUGUAUGUUUUGAUGUCAUCUUCGCUAAUAUGUGCAUUUUAACAAACACUUCCCCCUGACUGACAUAAACCGUUUUUCUACAUAUUAUUUGGGUGAGGAGCUGCGUUGCAGAAUUUGGAGUGCGACUUUAAAAGGAUGGUUGUGUUUCAGUUCACAUACUGUUUUCGUGAAGUGGGGAUUAUGAAGGUUGACAUUAGAAUGUGGACCAAACCACAUUUCUUCUUGCCCUUGCCCUUGCCACUGCCCAGGAACAGGCAGCAGAAAGAGGCAGAGGUCAAAUGAGUGAGUGGCAGUAGCAUCUGGCCCAGAUCCUUGAGCAGAUGGGCAGGUGAAUGAGUGACUGGCAAGAGUGGCAGGCAGCUGGUCUGUCUGGGCACCAGUGAACCACUAGGUAAGAGCCUAUUUUGCCAGAUCUUUGGAGUGAAAAGUUGGAAUAUGUGUAUGCAUUUGAUCCUCAAGUAGAGCUCUGAGGGGAGCGUCCAUUGUAUUUAGGUUUUAAGAAAAGAGAACCACUGAGUUGUUCUUGUAGCUGCAACCUUUCAUUGAGCUGGCAAUUUCAAAACACAAUAUUAACAUAUAUAUCUUGAUGAUCAUCUGGAACACCAAGAGCCUAAAACUGAUAUAGGUUAUUUGCCCAGGAUAAAUGAAAUGAAAAGUUCUUCACCAUGCACUGAAACUGUAGUAGUCUUGGGACAUGGCUUGUUUAUGGAAUGUACACCUUUCAUGCAGUCACGUUUAGGUGAAUGUCAGCAUUCAUGUAUGUAUCUCUGAGUUUUUGGAUGUUCACAGAAUUUGUCUGGAAUUGCCAUUUAGUUGUAUUCAUAGAGUCAGAAAUGCCGACAUUGGCUGUUUUUUAAAAUAAUAAUAUAUUGUAAUAGGACCAGUGAAAAAGGUCAAAAAUGGGUGUGCCACAAAGUUUAUUUUGGACAUUUAUGUCCUUGGCAUAGCAGGGAUCCAAAUGAAGCUGUUUUGACCUUCAUUGAAGUCCUGAUUUCUCUUUCUGGAUCCCUCAACAUCUCAAAAAUAACCAGUAAAUGUCAACAUUCACCACAUCAUGCUUAGUGUAAUCAUACUCAUAUGGAGGGUCCAGUGUGGAACGUAGGACAUUUACUUGCGCUAGAUCAGACUAUUUGUUCAUUGAACCAGUGCUGCCUACCUUGACUGGCAGUGGCUCUACCGGGUAUCCAUCAGAGAGAGGUCUUCUUCUCUAUUUCCCUAAUGAUUAGAAGAUUUUAUACAGUAUUUUAUACUAACAGCUUCACACCUAACAUGAAUUAUAAGAAACCCAAAAGGUCUGUGCUGUUUCAAAAUCAGUAGUCAAAGUCAAUGCAGUUUGAAAGGACCAAUCAACUGGCUUGUACCUAAACACAGGCAGAAACCAGUUCAUUGACCUAAUGAACUACCAUGCCAUAUUUGGUUAUGAUAAGAGGCAUCCAAAUGCAUAGCCAUGUCCCCUCUUCUCAGACCACACCACUCACUGGCCCUGCUUUGAGUGGUUUCUUUCCUGGCUGGAAUGCGUCCUUGAAACCAGUCACCACUGGCAUGUAGAGCAUGAGGCUCUUAAUCUCAGGCUCGUGGGUUCGAGCCCCAUGUUGGGCAAAAGAUUCCUGUAUUUUAGGGGGUUGGACUAGAUGACCCUCAUGGUCCCUUCCAACUCAAUGAUUCCAUGAUUCUAUGAGGUCCCUGGAAGGUUGUUUGGAAAAGAGUGUGGUCCUUGGGGCUGAGAAAGGCUCUCCGCCCCUGGUUCACCCUCAAAGGGAGGGUGGGAACGAGGAGUUGUCUUUUUGCAUGAUGACAACCUGGAGAUGGUUGGAUGAAGACAGAAUCUCUAAUUGUUAGCUAUGAACUAUAGCCCUAAUAAACUUAUUUGAAAGAAAAGGGGCUUCUGAAAAAACAAAAUAUGGACAAAGGGAACAAUUCACCCCACCCUACAAUGAAGAAAAAAUAUUAAAAAGGGGCAAAUCAAAGGAGGCAGGAAGAUUAGGUUGUUUCUGGAGGAAACGUCCAAGUUGAGUUCCAACAGAGUGGGACUCUUUUGUUUGAACAUCUGUUCAUUUGGGCGGGACAAUUUAUUGCCCUGAUAUUAUUGGCAGGAGAAAGGAAGGAGUGUGAAGUUAAAAAUACAGAAACCCAGAUUAUUCGAAGAUUCCAGACAGCUUCAUUGACGAACCUCAUAUUUGGAAAAAUAAAGACAAGGGUCUAAAACCAUGUGGAAAAAGUUCCCUCAAAAAAACCCAUCGUCCCAGUCCAAAAUGGGAGUUGGGAAGUUAGUUGGUGAAAGGAAAGCUUGCAGGGCUGAGAACAGGGAAUAAUAAAAUCCUGCCAUUGUUUUCUUGGAAGCAACCAUGUAUACUUUUUAACCCUCUCAGCACCCCUAGGCUGGUAGACAGACUGGCCCAGGGUGGUCACAUGGUAAGGGAGCCUAGGCCUUUGAGCUUGAAGCCCAACUACCCGUUGCGUCACACGGAGGUUAGCGCUGCCCCAAAAUCUCAAACUAGAUUAACUGUAGCUCCCCAAGGAACCAGGGUAGUUGUAGUUUUUGGGAGGGAGUAAGCUUAGGCAUCCUUAGCAGCAGAUUUUCAUCUCAGUUUAAUUAUUUAUUUAUUAAUUAUUUAAUUAUUUAUUAAAUUUUUUAAUUAUUUAUUAAAUUUUACAUGUGGCUUGGCUGUUUAAAAAGCAAACAAAAGCAAACAAAAGACAACAUGGUUUGCAAAAAGAAUAACACUUAGCAGAAUUUGAAAGCAAGAGCAACCUCUCUCUUCUUGUGGUUUCCAGCAACUGGUAUUCAGAAGCAUUUAUUGCCUCUUGACUGUGAAGGAAGAACAUGGCUAUCUUAUACAGUGGUACCUCGGGUUAAGAACUUAAUUCAUUCUGAAGGUCCGUUCUUAACCUGAAACUGUUCUUAACCCGAGGUAACACUUUAGCUAAUGGGGCCUCCUGCUGCCGCCGCGCGAUUUCUGUUCUCAUCCUGAUUCCAGGUCAACUGAGCCUAUAGAUGUACAGUGGUACCUCAGGUUAAGUACUUAAUUUGUAUUGGAGGUCUGUUCUUAACCUGAAACUGUUCUUAACCUGAAGCACCACUUUAGCUAAUGGAGCCUCCUGCUGCUGCCAGCCGCUGGAGCACGAUUUCUGUUCUCAUCCUGAAGCAAAGUUCUUAACCCGAGGUACUAUUUCUGGGUUAGCGGAGUCUGUAACCUGAAGCGUCUGUAACCCGACGGACCACUGUAUGGUUGCUAAACCUCCAGGCCUCACCUGAAGUCUCCAUGUUUGACUGCCCCCCCUCUAGAUGGCAGCAGGGUGGGGGUGGGGCUUAACCUCUAGAUGGGCAAGAGUGUUUUUAGUAAUAGUAAUAAUGAAUAAAUUAUUGAGGCUGUGCAUGCAGCUUGCAAGCUUGAUCCCAGCAGGAGCGAGCUGCAAAUUAUAGCAUAGAUGUUUGGGGGGGUGGGGCUGCGUUCCUCUGCUCCCCCCCCAUUAACCACCGUCUCCAAGGUCCACCUCCAUGCCAUCACCUAGGAUAUCGCUAGGUCUCAGGUUUGGACCCUGACAUUUCAGGGCCUAGGAUGCUCCUGGCCUGGCAACCCUACCAUAAUGGCUUGGAAUCACUGAUGCCUCUGAGGAUGCACAGAAUCUGUUUCCUGCUCCCUUCUACACUUCCUAGGAACAGCCAGAACUACUGUGUCUAUUCAAGCAGACUGAAGCCUUCUUUGAUGUCUCUGUUCAUAGGGAAACAAUAUUCAGCACUCCAUAUAUAAAAGGCAGUGUGGCAUAGUGGUUAGAAUAGUGGCAUAGUGGCACAAUGGUUAGACCAGGACCCGGGAGGCCGGGGUUCCAAUUCUCGCUUGGCCAUGAAGCUCCCACUGGGUGGUCUUGGAAGCCAGUCACUGCCUCUCAGCCUCACCUACUUCACAGGGUUGUUGUGGGGAUUAAAUGAGGAAGGGGAGAACUCCACUCUGAGCUUCAUGGAAGAGAAAGGUGGGGGUAUAAAGGCAAUAAAUAAAUAAAUUUCUCCUACGGAUUGUCCCGAUAUCAGUGUGGGCACAGCGGAUGAAGCAAACCCUAUUUUUGCGAGUUGGUAUCUUUAAAGCAGCCUUUGGCUCCUGGCAGGGUAUGGGUUUCAGGGAAUCUUCUCCAUCUGCAGAAUAUUCAGAGGCUUUUGUGUCUGUCCCCCCCCCCCCCCAUCACAAAUCUCCCAUCUCCUUGGAAAGAGCUAAGAUGAUAAUGCUUGUUGCCCCUUUCAAACCAGGAACUUUUAUCCAUCCUGCAGAAAUGCCAUCACAGUUCCCCUCCCUCCAACCCCUCUUGGAAUAUAUAUAUACACAUAUAUAUACAUGGAGGGGAGUGUGUGUGUGUGUGUGUGUGUGUGUGUAGAAUUGAAAUAUAACAAAGCAGCUUUUCAGUCACAGCGAUAGCUGAGGAAGCGAAUUGUACGAGCCUAUUAAAGUCUGUGUCUCUCUCCCCAACUGAAGUCUGUGGCUACGGUCGGCGCCAGCCUCUCGCGCUGAACCAGAUGUGGAGAGGCGCCGUCCUUCCCGGCCACUGAAUCUGAAUUGCUCCAGGCCUCACACGAGGGAAACUGGAACGCACAUGGGAAGCCACGGGGUUGUGGAGGGCGGGCUGCAGGCAGGGUGGGGGGGGGGGAAGCUUCCUCCAACGAAGCACAGAGCAGCAAAGUCAGGGGGAAGCUUGAAGCGUGGACAGAGGAAAGCCAGGGGUCUCCUGGUUGGCAGAAUGGGCACAAGAUUAAGGCAGCAAUGCAAGGAUAUAGGAAGAGCCUGGCUAUUUGAUCAGGCCAAAGUGUGGCCCAUAUAAUCUUACUCUGACCGUGGCCAACCAGAUGUCUGUUAUGGGAAGCUCCUAAGCAAGACUAAAGUGCAGCAGAAAAUAUCCAGUUGUCGUUCUUCCCCAUCGUCUGGUAUACAGAGGUAGGCUACCUCCAGGCAUGGAGGUUCUGCUAUCACAAUGGGAAGAGCCUAGCUGCUGAAUGAGGGUGAAUGGGGUCCCAUCUAGCCCAGCAGCCUGUUCUGACAGUACCCAACCAGAUGCCCCAAUUGGGAAGCCUGAAAAUAAGACUUCAAUACAACAGCAACACCUGUGAAUUCUAGCAACUGGCAUUUGAGGGAUAGAUUGCUUCUGGGCAUGGAGGUUCUGCUAUCAUAAUAGACAUCCAGAGGAAGAGGCUUGCCCAUGGGUUCAGGCCAAAAGGAGCUCGUCUAGGCCGGCACUUCAGUCUCACAGGGGCCAACCAGAUGCUUCUUCAGAGAAGUCCUCAAGCAGGGCAUUAGGGUAAAGUCAGUCUUCCUAGUGGUGAUUCCCAGUAAUGGGCUGUUAAGAGACCUACUGCCUUCAAUGGUAGAGGCAGAGCAUAAGAAGAGCUCUCCUGGAGACCUGAUCAUUGUCCUACAUCCUGUUUACAGUGGCCAACCAGAUGCCUAUUAAGGGAAGCCCAAAAGCAGGACCUGAGCAUAACAGCAACUCUCCACACUCACAAUCCCAGUGACUUGCAUAUUGCCUCUGACAGUGGAGGGAGAAUAUAGCCAUUAUGACUAGUAGCCAUUUAGGGUCUUUCCCCCCGCAUAAAGGAGACCAGAAGAAGUUUUUAAAACUUAUGUCUUCCCUGGCUCAAGGAAGCCUCCAUUUCUCAGGCUGCAGAGUUGCCUCUGCUGCACUAGUGGGUUUAGCAGGUUUUCAACACAGUAGCACGAACUUGCUGGACUAUUUAACAGGAGACAGGUCAUUAUAAUUAUCCCUUUCAUGAAAGCAUUUAGAGAAACUGCUUAGAUUCUGGGGAUGGGUAGAAACAUGGAAUCACAGAAUUGUAGAGUUGGAAGGGACAACAGGGGCCAUCCAGUCUAACCUCUGCAAUGCAGGAAUAACUGCAUUGGGGGCAAAGCAUAAAAAACCCCCAGCAGCAGUCCAAAGUCAACAAGCAGAAAAUAAAAUGUGAAAGGCCAAAAGUUGGAGACGAUCAGCUAAAAUCAAAUUGGAAAGUUUUUUGUUUUGAUUGGGCUUCUAAGUCAGCACUGAGGAAUUGUUUAAUUCAGACUGGGGGCCACGUUCCCUUGUGGGAAACGUUCUGAGGGCUGCAUGACAGUUGUGGGUGGAGCCAGCCAGAAGCAAAAAAAGUUGCAGGUAGAGCAUCAAACAUUACUUUUACCUUUGUACCUUUUACUGUUCAAGUCAUGGAGAAUUCAGACAUUACUAUGAACACACCUCCCCAUCCUGACAAGCAAGAGGCAUAAUCCCAUUGACUGAUGCCUUCCAGCUAGCCAAAGCACUCAAGGAGGUUUGUGGAGCAAGGUCAGCAAGGGGGAGAGUGGCUGGGGCUGGGGAAAGGAUGGAGCGAGUCCCGAGGACCAUAUAGACAGAGGUUGGAGGGCCACAUCUGGCCUCCAGGCCUGAGGUUCCACAUUACCAGCCUCAGUGACAGCAGCAAUCUUAAACCCAUUUGCCUAGGAGUAGGCCCUGUUGAAUUCAGAAGGACUUAACUUUUGAGGACACAUGGGACUAAUCUACACUGGUCAGUUAAAACGUGUUAUAAAAAUGUGACACCAGAGGGCGCAGUAGAGCAGUGAUCUGUCGUCAAUGGGAAAUUAAAUUGAGAGCUAUAUUACUGGCGGGUUUUAAACACGCUUUUAUUUUCCCCAGAUCAGUGUAGAUCCAGCCAUGGAGAGAGAAGAUUCUUUUCCAAGUAGGAAGAUUGUCUACACCAGAAUCAGUUAGGGAUGGACUGAGCAGUUAAUUCCAUCCUGUUUAGGUCUCAGUGGCACACAGUCAUAGGUCUGUUGCAUCUUGUAGUAGGACAGGAUGUCCUGACCCAUUCUGUUUUCUUGCUGUCCCAUUCUAUUUUGUUGCAUCUCAUUCCGUCCUGUUCUGUCCCGUUUCAUUGCAUGCCAUUCUGUCAUGUGCACUUUGUGUACCUUUUAUAUGUAAAACAUACUUUCCAAUGCUUUCUGGUGCACUCUUGAGUAAAACAAAAAACACACCAUGCACUUCCUGUGCAUCUUUUAUGCAAUAAUAUAUAUUUUCAUGCAGCCUUUUUUGCAUGCUCAAAGUACACUACUAAAUCAGGAGCAAAGUGUCAUCUGACUAGGAGGCAUGUUCAGAUCCACAAACAAGUGUGGGAAUGUUGGAUGAAGUCAGUCCGCCAUGAAAAACAGACCAAGUGAAUCCCACCCCUACGAGCAGCUAUUCUUUAGAACUAUAAAAUGAAGAAAAAGAAAACCCGAGUCUCUGUCUCUGCUCCAGCCUGAAUGUGGUUUCAGGCAAAACAACGUUGCCUUGCCAGAUAUCUGACCUAGAAAGAAUGAGAAUUAAUUUGCUCCCUAACCCCCCCCCCCAUGUCCAGAAGUAGUACUGUGAUUUCACUUGGAAUAUAAUACUGUACCCCAGGACCACCCUGAGUUAGAUUGAGCAUUUUCAUACAAGGCUCAAAAUAGUUUGUGCCUAAAUCCUGGGUCACCUCCAGCACUUGUAGCAUCUUUCCAUCUGGCAGAGCACUCACCUUGCUUGGAGUCAUGUUUUCCUCUCCACUGAGGCUUCUCUGCCACUUUGCUGGCUGCUGCUCUAUUUUAUAAAACUGCUGAUUUUCUUGCUGGACCUGCUGCUGGAGCACCAACAUGACCCGCUCUAGGAAUGCUGCUGUUUCUUCCUCCAUUUUGGCUCAGGAACAUCUAGCCCUCAGCCCUUUUCCUCUAUAAAACACAGAUCCCACUUCUUACACCAGUGUGACACACCACCCUAACCUCCGAGCAGUGUGAGAUUCCAGGGGUACCAGGAGCGCUUGUCAGGAUCUGGGUUACUUUUUGGAAUAAAGAGGCAAAGCAGAGACUGCAGUGUCUUUAUGCUAUAUGGAUUACUUACACAUAUAUAUACAGCACAUCCUGUAGAGGGAAGUGAGAGGCAGAUGGGGCUUGUCUACCUGGGAAGGGAGCCCCUCUAGGAGAAGGAUAACUGAUCCUAAACCUCUGCUGCCUUGCGGGACAUCUUUGGGAGAAAGGGCCAAGGAGGAAACCCUACUCAAUCCCCUAAGGUGGUUGGAUGGCGCCUUGUACGCCUCCUUUGGAAACUCCUGUAGCCAGGUUGGUGCCAAAUGUAUUGCUCUCCUUCCCUUUGGACCACAUCAGUGCGGCUGAGAGUGGGGUAAUGUCUGGUCAGCCUAGGACCUCUGUAUACACUGCCCAUGCUUGCACCACAGAGAGGUCAUUUCGGUGCUGCUAAUGUAACAGUUUGACUUCACACACCCCAGGCCCACUCUGUUGUCUCUCAAAACAGAUGGAUGCCAACAACAUACAAUCUGCAUCUAGAUGGAGAGAGUUCAGAGCAUUGAAAUCCCAGGAGGGUUGUGCUCCUCCUCCCAUUGCUGCAGCCUCGGACUCCAAGAGACCCAAAACAUCAUAUCUGAUCAUUUCUACAGCAUAAAACAGACCAUUCCCCUCCUGCUCUGGUUCCCCCCCCCCCCCCAGCUUGCAAAGAUGGCACUUCUUCCUGUUCACUUAUGUCAGUGUCCACUGCAAUUCCCCCCCUUCCUCCUGAAAAGCUGGCCUUUUGUCUCUGCUAACUAAGGACACCUCAAUUCACAGAGGGGCUUUCACCAUUUCCACCAAUCUCUGUUAAUGGCCUUCUUAAUGGGUUAACAGUUCAGCCAUUAUCAGCAUUUGUUCUUCCAAGGCCCUCAUCCAGCUAUCUCUGCCAAACCAGCCCGGCUUGAUAGCAUAAAUUGAGUUGGGCACAAUUUAGCCAAACCUCAUUAAUUCUAACUUUUACUGAACCCAAGGAUUGUGAGUGACUUACCCCCACAAACUCUGGCACCCAAAACCUGUAAUAACAUAUUCCCCAUUCCAAAUUCACCAGUUAAAAGAAUAAAAUAAAAUAAAAACACUCCAUGAACAUCAAGUUCAGGAUUUAGGUGGUAGAGAGGAAGAUGAAAGACCUAUGAUGUUUCUUACAGAUGUUUCGUUAGAGACUUGGUGUGCUCAUUAAAGGCCAAGCUAGAUAAGAGGAGUCAGGCCAGAGAUUAGAUCCCAUAACACUGGGAGGGAAUUUGGAUUAGGGCCCUGGCACCAGAGAAGGGGAUUUAACCUAUCCUGAGUGUGAGAGAGAAGGGGGAGGCAGAAAUAGAGUGUGAGAAAAAAGGAGGCGGUGAAGAAAGUGAGCAAGAUAGAUGGGAGGUGGCAGCAAGGAUGUGUGAGAGAGAAAAGGAGUGGCAGAAACAGAAAAAAGAGGGAGAAGGGAAGUGGCAGAAAAAUAGAGGAAAGGGACGUGUCUCCAUUCCCUUCCAGCUGUGGUCUUGCCCACCAUUGGGUAUGGAGCUAGGCGGGGAAAAGACUACCCACCUUUGCCCUACAGGAAAGUAGCCAUAUGGUUCAAAACUUUUGUUUUGUUUUUUUUAAAAAUAAUUUUUAUUAAGAUUUCAAUCAAAAAUUAAACAACAACAAAAAAUAAAAUAAAAAGAUACACAAAUACACAAUACAAAUCUCAGGAAAAAAAAUUAAAAAAACACGAAAAGCAAGAAUCAACAGUAAAAAAACCACACAGCAAUUAAAAACAAUAUCUCUUUUCCAUUUCCGUUUUGAGUUUACUUAUUUCCUGGACUUCCUCAUACCUCCCUCUUUUGUAUUCCAAUUCAAAUUGUUUAUCCAGCAAUUUCUUUUCCACUUUUUUAAUCCCAAUCUUUAAUUUUAAUAUAAUGUAUAACUUCAACUUCUUUAAACCUAAUCUUUGAUCUUAAUGUAAUAUAACCUUGAAAUUUUACCUCUUAAUUACCAAAUUUCCAUUUCCUUAAACAUCUUUAAUCCUAAUCUUUAAUCUUAGUCUAUCAUUAACUUCAACCUGUACAGCUGGAAACCACUUAUUUUCAGUCCAACAUCACUCUAACAUUCUUUAAUUUUGCAAUGUUUCUGAAGAUAAUCUUUGAAUUUCUUCCAAUCUUCCUCCACCAACUCUUCUCCCUGGUCACGGAUUCUGCCAGUCAUUUCCGCCCGUUCCAUAUAGUCCAUCAGUUUCAUCUGCCAUUCCUCCAGCGUGGGAAGUUCUUGUGUCUUCCAAUACUUUGCGAUGAGUAUUCUUGCUGCUGUUGUUGCAUACGGUUCAAAACUUUUGUUACAGAUCUGGGGUAACAAGAGUUUUGGGGUGAAAGGAUACCUGUAACUGCUAGAGUUAGGGAAUGUUAGAAACUAAGAAAUGGUAACAUUUAGAUAAUACUUAGAGCAUUGAAGAGAAGAUGCCAGACGCUAGAUUUAAAAUUCAGGCUAAAGCAGGAAAUCUCCUGGGGAGAAGGACUAUCAAGGGCUAGAUCUAGGCACAUCAAAGAAGUGUUUCAAUUAAAUGCCUUGUAAGCUUUGCAUGAGAAAUUGGGUUGGCAAAAACAGAACUCCACAGCACCAUUUGGUGUCACAGUGUUAUCAUGCCUAAACAACGCAUAUAAAGCACUUUUUCUUUGCCAGUGCAGUUGAGUCCAAGGUGUAAUUACCUGACAGUGGCCAGUCAUUGACCCUCUUUUACCUGAACUUCGAGUAAAUAGUAGAGAUGAGAGGGGGAAGUUACAGGAAAAAUGUGUCCUUUUGAAAUUUAGUGGUUGGGGAAGAAUGGGGUGAACUCGGGUGAGUUGCUGUGAAGGGCAGAACCAUCUUGGCCAGCUGGGGCAGAGGCAGAGGCAGAGAUGGUUUGCAGGAUGCCUUGGACUCCAGCGCUGCACUGCUGUGGGGAACAAGCCCCUCUUGACACGUAAUACUCUGAACUCUCUCCCAAAGCAGACCCAGGUGUAAACAUGUGUACAACAAACCAUAUUUCCUAAAGACAGUAGUCUCCAUGGUGCCUUGAUUUCCCAAUGGAAACACAACCCUGGAACCCCCUGAAAUCUUUCUGCCGCUCAGCAGAGAUUGGGGAUGGUGCACAACCAUUGUAACACUUUGGAGAAGACCAGGAUUUGUGAGUUUAUUUUCUUUCUACUGAGCAAAGAUAUCUGAUUUCUGUCCAAGUUGUUAUGCACUUCCAAUUUCUUUCCCCCAAAAGCCAGCUUUAGCACUUAGAACCGCUUGAGGUUAGCUAUGGCACAUCACACGUAUUUUCCCCUUUCCACAAGCGUAAGCAGAAAAAAAAAGCCAUAUACUGUGAGACAGCCCUGGCACCUUUUCCAUGGGAAAUUGCUGGAGCAGGCAUGUAGAAUCUCAGGCCUGGAGGUGCCUCCAGCUACCUCUGUUUGCUCCUGGGGAUGCCUCUUCAGCUCACACCCUUCACUAGCCUGGCUUCAUUUGUGAAAAUGGCUUGCAAAAAUGCAUUAUAUCAGGGAAAAUCACUUUGCAAAGAAGUGCCCAUUAGGCAAAAUCACACACACACACACACACACACACACACACACAAAAUACAGAUUAGGAUAAGUUCACACUCCCAUCAGAUGUCAUGGAAAUAAACAACUAUUAGGCUUUUAGAAGACACCUGAAGGCAGCCUGUAUGGGGAAGUUAAAAAUAAAUAAAUAAAUAAAUAAAUAAAUAAAUAAAUAAAUAAAUAAAUAAAUAAAUAGUUCCCCAGCCACUCUGGCUGGCUUCCAGCAAAGAAUAAAAAUACAUUAAAAUGUCACACAUUAAAAACUUCCCUGAACAGGGCUGCCUUCAGAUGUCUUCUAAAUGUCAGGUAGUUGUUUGUCUCUUUGACAUCUGCAGGGAGGGUGUUCCACAGGGCGGGUGCCACUACUGAGAAGGCCCUCUGUCUCGUUCCCUGUAACCUCACUUCUCGCAAUGAGGGAACCGCCAGAAGACCCUUGGUGCUGGACCUCAGUGACCGGGCAGAACAAUGGGGUUGGAGAUGCUCCUAGAGGUAUACUAGGCUGAGGCUGUUUAAAGUGGGACUGUGUUCAAGAUUUUAAAUUUGUUGGAAGCUGCUCAGGGUAGCUGGGGCAACCCAGUCAGAUGGGCAGCAUAGAAAUUAAUAAAUAUUAUUUUUAUUAUUAUUACUAAAAUGCUUCUGAAUAAGGACUUUUUUUGAAAAAAAUGCAUGAAGUGGAAAUGUGGAGAACCUGAACUUUAGAAUGGAGAGAGAGAAAAAAAUGAAAUUGAAAGGUUCACCUAGAUACAUAUCCCACUAUCCUUGACCCUGCUGUCUGGGGCUGAUGGGAAUUAAGAGUUGAGCAAUGUCUCAAGAGCCACAGGUUUCUCAUCCCAGCUGUGAAGGAGAGCACUUCGUUUCCAAAAACUGACCUGGGAGAAGGGGUGGGUGACAGGUCCUGCCUUUCCAAACAAUUUCUGGGCAAAGGACAUCCCUCCUAAUCUGGCCGAGUCAGUGUGAAUUUGUUAAAUCCACAUUAAACACCUUGUUUGCUUUUGCUAAUUCAGACCACCUGAGAUCGAACUGGGGUUCCGUUUGCUAAGAACUCGUGUUAAUUAAUAAAGCCUAUUUAUUUGCUUAGAGAUGUCUGCAGCCUCUGGGUCACAUUUUACCAUAAUUGUUAUUUUGAGGGGGUGGGGAAGGGAUUCUCGGGGAGAGAGAGAGGUUAGAGCUAACUAGAAAGGAGCUGCAUUUAUUUUUCUUUGGCGGUAUGUACAGCUAAUGCACUCCAGGCUAUUUCCACCCCUUCAGCUAAGCCGAAUAAGAGGAGAAGGAAGGGUUAAAGCAGAGGUGCCAGAGGAAUAAUAGAACUGUAGAGUUAGAAAGGAUCCAAAGGGUUGCCUAGUCUCACCCCCAGGAAGGCAGGAGGGCAAGCUUAGAACUGGCUGUUCACUUUGGAAGGCAGGGAAAUUAUCAACAAGUUAUUUUAGAGAAGGAGUGGGAAACCCUUUUCAGUCCAAAGGCCACCUUUUCCUUCCAGGGUGUGUGUGUGGGGGGGUGGGGGGUAGGGGGAUGCACAUGCCAGUGGUGGGAGGAGCCAGAGGCAAAAGCAGACAGCAACCAAUAUGAAUUUCCCCCUUUGCACAGUUAGUUUCUGCACGCAUCCCCCUUUCUUUAUCCCAUACUCUCCAAGUGUCCCGAUUGCCCAGGGACAGCCCCAGAAUUACAAAAGCUUCUAAUUUGACCUAAUAAUAAUAAUAAUAAUAAUAAUAAUAAUAAUAAUAAUUUAAUUAUACCCCAUCCAUCUGGCUGGGCUUCCCCAGCCACUCUGGGCGGCUUCCAACAAAUUAUUAAAUUACCGUAAUACAUCAAACAUUAAAAGCUUCCCUAAACAGGGCUGCCUUCAGAUGUCUUCUAAAAGUCUGGUAGUUGUUCUUUGACAUCUGCUGGGAGGGCGUUCCACAGGGCAGGCGCCACCACUGAGAAGGCCCUCUGCCUGGUUCCCUGUAACUUGGCUUCUCACAGUGAGGGAACCGCCAGAAGACCCUCGGCACUGGACCUCAGUGUCCGGGCAGAACGAUGGAGAUGGAGACGCUCCUUCAGGUAUACUGGGCUGAGGCCGUUGAGGGCUUUAAAGGUCAGCACCAACACUUUGAAUUGUGCUCGGAAACGUACUGGGAGCCAAUGUAGGUCUUUCAAGACCGGUGUUAUAUGGUCUCGGCGGCCGCUCCCAGUCACCAGUCUGGCUGCCGCAUUCUGGAUCAGUUGUAGUUUCUGGAUCACCUUCAAAGGUAGCCCCAUGUAGAACGCGUUGCAGUAGUCCAAGCGGGAGAUAACCAGAGCAUGCACCACUCUGGCGAGGCAAUCCGCGGGCAGAUAGGGUCUCAGCCUGUCCCUCAGAAUGUCCCUAUUUCCCAUCAGUGCCACUGCCACCGAGCUUGGGAGUGAGCAUGAGCCAGUGCUUGCCCUGGGUGACAGUUGCAGCUGCGAGGGGACACCCCGCAGCCUCUCCAUGGCCACCUUAAAUGCCAGCCUCCUCUCUUGGGAACUCAUAGUGGCUGCUGGAGAGUGGGUGAGGAGGAAGAGAUUUGCCAACAACACGGAGGCAUAGCCUCGCGUGACACAUGGCUCUGAGGUACAGGCAGGGAGCAGGGUGGUGGAAAUGCUCUGCUGGCAGAGCGUCGAAUAGGUUCAGUUGGGGAGGGGGAAGAGUGAGAAAUGUCCCUGUUUUCAUCUGAGGAAUGUCUGAGGGUAUGCUAUCCUCCAUCCAGGCAGGCAAGAAGCAUGACCAGCUCAAAGACACAUCCCUGCAGGACAAAAUCACUCAGAGAGGGUGCCAAGCAGUGAAAGGUGUGGCCUUGGAAGGGUUCUGAGGGCCAGGUGGAGAGGUCUGAGGGGCUGCAUGCAUCCCCAAGGGCUGAGCCCCCCACCCCCUGUUUUAGAGUGAGUCUCUUGUGCCCUCAAUCCCAACCUAUCUCUUAGCGAGCAACCCAGGCAAGCAAAACGUUUCGCCACAUCACAGUCACUUAGAUUUGACACACAGCAGAAGAAUCUGGGGCAACCCUGCUGAAAAUCAAAGGGGAUGUCAUAAAAUUAUUCCCUUUUUUAUAAAAAGUGAAUUCCAAAAUAACUUUCUUUCCCGCCAUUAGGGAACAAAUGGAAGCCAGAUGUUUACAUAACAGAGCGGGAGGCAAAAUUGCUGUAUAGGAUUUCAGGGCAGAAUUUAAACUGAAACACACGCCCAGGGACCAUUCUCUGGCAGACUGCACCUUCCUAGGCUGCAUUUUAUAGAAUCAUGUGAUAGUAGAGUUGGAAGGGAGCCAAAGACUCAUCUAGUCCACCCCCCUCUGCAAUGCAGGAAUCUCAGCUAGAGCAUCCAUGACAGAUGGCCAUCCAAUCUCUGCUUAAAAACCUCCAAGGAAGGAGAGUCCACCACCUUCCGAGGGAGUCCACGCCACUGUUGAAUAUCUUUUACUGUCAGAAAGUUCUUCCUGAUGUUUGGUUGGAAUCUCUUUUCUUGUGACUCGAAUCCAUUGGUUCAGGUCCUUGGAUGGGUGGGGGAAUAGAUAGAUACAGAUCACCCAUGUGGGGUAAUUAAUAAACGGAUGCACCCAAUGCCUACAUCCAGAAAUGCAGGGCAAGCAAACACUGGUAACAGAGAAAGCCCCAACAACAGAGUUUUAAAGUCACAAAAGCAAGCAGCAAAAUAUUGUGGGGAUUUAGGUUGUUAAACCUUUUAAAUAUCCUAUCCUGAGUCACUACCAGAUCUUACCCAUUUCUACCCCUCUUAGCAGUGAGCACACUUUACCAAGUUUAAACAUGCUUUACUUACCAAGUUCCAAAGGUCAGGUUCAUUCAUUUUUUCCAUGAAGCAACAAUUAAACACAGGCAGAAAUCUUGGGAUACAAAAUAUAAUGAAAUAGUGCUAAGCACGUGGUCUGAGCUUGUAGUGAGCAAGCUCAGGCACUUCCUAUCUCAGUGAGUUCAUAUGGUGAAAAAGGAGAAGGAAUAAAGGAAUAAAGAAUAAAGGAAUAAAGGAAUAAAUUUCCUUCCAGGUGAGAGGCAUGACUGCAAUUUCCCACAGUCCUUCUCUCUGGAGCAGGAGGAACCAAGUCUAUUCUUUCUUUCAUGUGAUGGCUAUUGUAUCAUCUCUCAGCUUUUUCUUCUCCAGGUACAUUAAGGGUAUAGUUCCUGCCCACCCAGGUGUGAUGUGUAUGGAUAGCCAUGCUCUGCCUCCACAUUCAGAGAAGCCAUGCUUCUGAAUACCAGUGCCGGAAACCACAGGAGGGGAGAGGGCUCUUAAGCUCAGAUCCCCCUUGCUGGUUUUCCACAGGAAACUGUUCAGCCACAGUGAGAAAAGGAUGCUGGACGAAAUCACCAUUGCCUCUCUUUUGUCCCCCAACAGGUGAGAGCUUGAGUGCAUCCCGCAGCUCUGCCAAGCGGAAGAAGAAGCAGAGAAGAAACCGCACCACAUUCAACAGCAGCCAGCUCCAGGCUCUGGAGAGGGUCUUUGAGAGGACGCACUACCCCGAUGCCUUUGUCCGGGAGGAGUUGGCACGGAGGGUCAGCCUUAGCGAGGCCAGAGUGCAGGUGAGAGGGAGAAGGGAAUAGCUGAAGGCAACCAUCUCUCCAGAGAUGUACACCUGCAGGGACCGGAAUGAAGUUCUGGGUGUUCAAGCUCCCUGUAGUUCCGUGGUAGAGCAUCUCCUGUACAUUCAGAAGGUCCAAGGUUCUAUUCCUGAUAGCAUCUCUAGGUAGGGCUGAGAAAAUACUAUGACUGAAGCCCAAGAGAGCAACUGCCAGCAUACUGAGCUAGACAGUCCAAGGGUCUGACUCAGUAUAAGACAGCUUUCCAUGUUUAAUUCUGCCCAUGCCCAUUUAUUCAGACCCAUGAGGACUGGAAUCUUUCGUCUUCUUUUAGAGGAAAGGCUGCAGCUCAGUGUUGGAGCAUCUGCUUUGGAUGCAGUAGGUCCUGGCUUCAGCCCCUAGUGGCAUCUCCAGGUAGGGCUGGGAAUGUCCCCUACCUGAAACCCCAGAGACCUGCUGCUGCCAGUGUGGACAAUAUUGAGCUGAGUGGGCUUGUGUUCUUACUCAGUAUUAUCUUCCUUAAAUAGCAGAUUAAAAUAACAUCCUAGCACUCUUCCUCUCUGCCAGGUAUGGUUUCAGAACCGGAGGGCCAAAUUUCGCCGAAAUGAGAGGGCCAUGCUUGCCAACAGAUCGGCAUCACUCCUCAAAUCCUACAGCCAAGAUGCAGCCAUCGAACAACCCAUGGCCCCCCGUCCAACCAACCUGAGCCCAGACUAUCUCUCCUGGUCAACAACAUCCCAAUACAGGUAAGUCCAGAGCAGUCUUCAGUUUUCCUUUCUGUGCAGUAAAGAACCCAGACCCUUUUCCUACACAGACCUACGAAGCAGAUCAGCAACAAUAAUUAUAUCCAUUUUCAAACAGAAGAGAUGGUCUAAAAUCAGAGCAUGUUGCUCCACUUCAAAGGGAAACAGAAUUUAGAAGUGUAAAGAAAUUAAGUUCAGAGAGCAGCAUAACUUUGUCAGUUACUGAAAUUGCAAACGAAGGCAUGCAUGCAAUCAGAGUCAUGCAAGAUGGAUUGAGAUGAAAGUGUGUGAGAUGAUAUGCCUAGGCUCCCACAACAUAUUCAGAAAAAGAUGCUGAUCUCAAGAAGCAAGUUUGGGGUUUAUCUUUUUACUGGUACUGCUAAAAAUACAGUCACACACCUCUCUCUGUCCUCCCCCUAAAUAACGAAUAGCCAUGACCAGAGCUCCAGGACGUAUUACAGCCCAGCAAAAACAUUCAAGAAAGUGUGAACCUGUAGUGUAGGGGAAAAUUCAGAAGUGUGAGAAAGUCACAGUCACACCCCAUCUCAAUACUGUUAUAAUUGUACAAUAAUGAUAAUUAAGGGUGCAUUUCAAUUAUCACUGCAGAUCUCCAUGUGUUGCCUUUCAGCUAGGUCUGCUAUUUUCUGUGCACACAUGUGUUCAAAUGGUUUGGAGUGCUCCAAUAUCUUCUUAAGUGGAGUUUUCCAUAAAACGUAACAGAACUUCCACACCUUUGUCUUGAAACUGAAGCCUGUUGUGUUGUCGGUGUUCCUAAAUGCUUAGCUUUGGUGCAAACAGAAUGACUCCUUGGUGAGCUUCCCACACCCCUUCUCCAGAGUAACCCUAGAGCCCAUCUUCAGUGGCUAACUUGCCUCCUUUCAGCAUUUUUGGUUCCAAACACCACAAAGGGUGAGAAGAAUCAGUGGCUACAAAGCUCCCAUUUUUCCCACCUGCCCCAACCCUGGAACACCACACAUCUGAUGUGAAGUAGGGCUGAUGAGAGAUGCGAUGUGGGCAGAGGGUGGGUGGCCUUGAGCAAGCAACAGUUGCUGUUAAGACUUAUAACUCUUUUUUGUUUCCCUCUCUCCCCACCUCGCAUGGCUCAGCAACACAGUGCCUUCGUACACUUCUAGCAGCCCCACCACACCCACCCAAGGGGUCAACAUGGCCAACAGCAUUGCCAGCUUACGCCUCAAAGCCAAAGAGUUCAGCCUUCAUCAGAACCAGGUGCCCACUGUGAACUGACCACGGGGUUGUGCCGAAGAGGCAAGCCUGCCUCAUGUUCCCCUGCAGCCAGGAUCUCCACCCCCGCCUGCUUCAAAGUCCAGCCCCACUGGGCAGCCAAGACCUUGAUGAUUCUUGCUCCAGCAACACCAACACCUUCAUACGUUGUCCGUCUCUCUUACUCUGCCCUUUGUCUCUUUCACGUCCUCUCGGGAAGACAGACGUUCACAAUCUCUUUCUUUCCCCCCAAAUUAAAUUCAUUGGCUUUGAGGAACGAAGGAAUGGGACACUCUGGGAGGGUUUGAUUUUAGCAGAUGGGGUGGCCAAGAGAAACUAUCAAACCCUCCAGAGGCGAUGUGAGAAGUGUAAAGCCAAAUCGCCCUACAGUUACUUCACCCUUUCUUUUCUCAGCAGAUCAAAAGUUCAGAGCUGUUUACCUGAAGUUUUGAAAGAGAAGAACUUUACCUCCUGAGAACUUGAUGAAAGUUUCUGAACCCUGCUGUCCCUGUAUUCACUCAUCCAGCCCCACAUGGUACAAGUGUACAUUUUGGGGGUAUACAACAACUCAACAUUGCUAUAACAGAGAGGCUGCAUUUUUCCUUUUUGCUCAAAUGCGCACACCCCAUUCCUUUAAAAACACCCUCUGGGAGAUAAGAGGGGAACUCACAAUAACUCAGAGUGGUCCUGUAAGAGAUUAUCAGAUACCCUGCUUACUCUGCUGGUUUCCAGAGAGGUUGUGCGCCAUUUGAGGGUCAUGUCCUUUGGCUUUCAAAAACCGGGUGUGUGUGUGUCUUUAGGAUGAGCAGGGCAUUGGUUGAUGGGAUGUUGAGUCCCAGAGAGGGGCAGGACUCAGAGGCAGGGAGUGCUGAAUGGAUUGGAUGCCCCAAGACACAAGACUGUCAUCUAUCCACAUUCAACCGCUGGAGGCAUAAGCACCCCCAAAGCUCUCGUCACAAAGAAUGAAGCCCCUGGAGCCCUCUGUCAGCAGCCUACAGCCAUUCUGCCCCAAUCCAGGAAGAGAGAAUUGAGCCAAUACAAAGUAAACAAUUUAAUAGCAGAACCAGCCUAACCUAAAGAUGUGUGAGAAGUGGAAGAUGUGCAAAGGGAGGGAGAUGAAAACUGAAUAUAAACAAGAAUGCUGAUAGCCAUUUUUAAAAAAAUUGUUCAGCGAUAUGUAUUUGAAAUAAGGAAAUCUAAAAUAUAAAGAAACAUUCAAGCACAUUGUGGUGCAUGGUACUCCCUGCCCCCCCCCCCCUUUAACUGUUAAACUCAGUUGGUAGACCUUGAUAAUUUCAAAUUACUUAAGGAUGCUAAGGUGGAAUCACCAUCCAAACUAUUAUUGUGUAUGUAGGGGAGAAGCCACCUGCUAAACCCAGGAAAUUAUUGAAUGUCAGAAUCUAUUUGAGGAGGUUAAGGGGUGAUAUGAUAGCCAUGUUCAAAUAUAUAAAAGGAUGUCACAUAGAGGAGGGAGAAAGGUUGUUUUCUGCUGCUCCAGAGAAGCGGACACGGAGCAAUGGAUCCAAACUACAAGAAAGAAGAUUCCACCUAAACAUUAGGAAGAACUUCCUGGCAGUAAGAGCUGUUCGACAGUGGAAUUUGCUGCCAAGGAGUGUGGUGGAGUCUCCUUCUUUGGAGGUCUUUAAGCAGAGGCUUGACAACCAUAUGUCAGGAGUGCUCUGAUGGUGUUUCCUGCUUGGCCUCGAUGGGGGUUGGACUCGAUGGCCCUUGUGGUCUCUUCCAACUCUAUGAUUCUAUGAUUCUACAGAUGUAAAAUGAGAAUCUAUUUGGGUUACAGAUGUAAAAAGCCCCCCUUUUCACCUGAGGAAUGUUGGAGGGUAUACUAUUCCUUUUGUGAUUUCCAGAAUAACCUCUUUAGGUCUGGUCUAUACAACCAACCAGUGGUUUAACAGUCAAUCCCUCUUUGACACUUUAAAGUGGUAUAAUUCUGCUUCAAAUGCAUAGAGAACUUGGGGCCCUAGACUGGAGUGUACCUGUUUGCCACAGAAAAGCUGUCUGCCCUCUAUGCUGCCUCCUGGUGGCAGUGGUUUGUGGCUACAAGCUACAGCUCCCAGUUUGCUUUGCUGGGGGCGGGGGGAAGCUGUGGCUGCUUAGAGUGGUCUCAUAGUGCUUUCAAUGCAUGGUGCAGAUUUGGCCUCAGUCACCCUUAAUAAACAAAGUCACUUGUGGCUGACAUGGUAUGUAUGCUGUGUGGUUGUAAGAAUGGCUACAGGAUGUGCAAAACAGGGGAGUUGGUGAGAGGUGAUAGGCACCCCUGAAAUGUGGAAGUGUCCUAGCAGUGCGUUGCCAGUGACCUGCACUAUAAACUAUUCUAGGGUGAACACAGCUCCACCUCUCUCUCACUUAGCUUAUUUCCCCAAUCCACCUUCUCCCAGAGGCCUCUGGUACAUCUUUCGCAGCCAGGGAGCCCUUUCUGAUGACCAGCCUCUCUCCCUCACCUCAUUCCUGCCAAUUACAGGUGGAGUCCCACUUGUACAUGUCACACUGCCUUCCAAUCAGCCUCUGCCCUUGUCGCCUCGCAGCCAAUCACCUCUGGCUCGAGUGUGACCCUCAACAGGAGAUACAGAAAAGACGACGACGAGGGAUGGAUCAAAUCAACUCUCUUUGUACCAUUUCAUACCCUGUCCAUGUGCCCAUUUGCUGGCUGGGGGAAUUCGGGACUCUGCGUGCCAGAGAGAAGCUGUCAUGGCUUGAGGGUUUUUGUGAAGAUCCCAGCUUUUUCAUAGCAAUUGGAGACUAUGGAAUUGUGUAUACGGAGGAAAUGCAGGUUGUUCCUCCAAAGAAUUUGAACAGAAUCUCCUGCCAGUGAAGGGAGAGGGGGAAUCUCACUGCCUGCAGGAGCCUAAGUAAGGGGCAAGAGAUAUUGAGGAGUUUGAACUUUGCAAAUUCCGGUUGGUAAUGAGCUGAUUUUUUGCUUCCAGGAUGAGCUUCCAGACUUCUAGACUCAAGGAAAUGUUCACAAAAGAAAUAAUGAAAAGUCAAAUUUUCAUUUGGAUUUUUUUUUUUUAAAAACCAGAUGGGGAGAAAAAGGGGGAUGGAAGAGAUUUGUAAAGCAGCACAGACCAGGAAGAGCUAGAGGAAAGAAACCCAGUUCUGCAAUUUCUCCCCAACUCAAAAUGUGGGUGGUUAUGAUUCCAAAUUAUUUCAAACUCUACGAGUUUCAAGGAACUCUUUGUUUCAAAAUGGCUGCCAGAGAUGGCAUGAACAUAAUAGUGGCUGGUGAAAUCUGACUGUUGUUUUUUUGUUUUGUUUUUAAUUCAAUGCUUAUAAAAUAAAUAUCAGAUGGUUUCUACAUGCCACAUUCAAA